AGAGCGUCCCUUCCUCUCCCCUGCAGCCUCCCCACCUGUCGCCCUUCACGCACCUCCUUGCGGGCAGCUCAGGCAGCCGGCCGCGGCGAGCGUGCCCCGCAUGCAGCGCCGGACGGUCUCUCGCAGGAUUCCAUUGGAACUGCCCACUGCCGCUGCCAUUCUGUCCCCGGAACGUACCAAGAGCGGCCGCGGCAGGAGGGGCGCGCAGGGACCGCCCUCGCCGAAUCUCCCGCGUCUCGCCAGCGGCUGCGCCGGCGUGCCGCCUAAGCUCCUCCACCCCCGUCGAAGAGGUGGUGCGGGCCGAGAUGGCGGCGCCCGUCCUGAGGCGAGGGUUGCCGGUUGCGCUUCGGAGCUGGGCUGCGGCAGGUGGGUGUGGGCUGUGGGGCCGCCAGGCGGGUCUUUCGGGGACUGAGCUCCAGGGACCCCGAGCGCAGCGCAGGGGAGGUCUGAGUGAGGCCAGGCUGCGCCCCGGAACGUGUUCUCCAUGCCCUCAGAUAUUGGAGCACAUGGGCGUCAGGCUUGCAGCAGCCUCCUCGCUUGACCUUCCUGCGCCUGAGUCUGAACGAGGCUGCUCGAGUUUAAACGGCUUUCGUGUCACUACAGCCUUUGCCGUUUUAUAUGUGAGAGUUUUCCCCCCUAGGGUUUCCGUGUUAGCUGCCAGAGAUUUCAUCCAGCGCUGCGAAGGAUUCAUGGUUAUCAAUGGAGCCCUGAGGUCACUUCUGGGGCAGCUUUUCGUUUUGUGGCAAAAGGAUUCCUGCACUGCAGGGGGUUGGACUAGAUGACCCUUAAUGACCUUUCCCCAGCUGUACGGUUCUGUGAUUCCAUGACCCCCAUCGUUUUACCACGUUGACCUUUUAUGUAAGGGUACGGCUAACCUUUUGGUGUGAGAGCCGCAUUCAUUUGGCCAGCCUUUUUGAGAGUUAGCAAAAGUGCUCUUGUAUACAUUUCAGCCAGCUGAGAAGCAGGGUUAUCUCUCCCUCAUCUGGUCAAAUGAUCUAUCUGUUGACCACUUGGCAUUUCCAUCAAGGCUCGUGGUUGCCAUCCCUCCAUGCGCUCUCUCUCCCUCUCUCUCUGUGUGUGUGUGUACACACACAUAUAUACAUAUAUGCUGUCGUUGCCAAAAUCAAUGGGAACCUGGAGUUUAGAAAAAUGUGCUUGGUGUUAUUAUGCCCUUCCUUUUUUACAUCAAUAGCAUAGUGACUGUGGCCAACAAAUAUGUUUUUGGCCUUUUGGCUGCUCAUUUUAUACCUUUGACAACCUGGUGCCCUCCAGAUGUGCUGGCUGGAGCUGAUGGGAGCUGGAGUUCAACAACAACUGGAGGACAUCAGGUUGACAAGGGCUAUUUUCUUCUUGUAUACAUAAAACUAUAAACCCAUCUUCAUGUAGCCUCCAUUGGGAGAUGUGUAGUGCUGCAUUAUAAUCCUGGAUUUGCAUAGAGUCAGAGCUAAGUCCCCGUUGGAGGAUUUUUGUACAGCAAGAAGGCGAGACACAGAAAGGGAGAAAAAUAGCUGUUUUCAACUUCACCCUCUUCCAUUCCUUAACUGCCUCAUGAGAGAGAGAAAGGAUGUGGAAUCCUCUAAAUAUUCUGUAGUACCUUUCCACAAUGUACAGUAUUUCCCUCUAGGGUUGAAGAUGAAAGCUGGAGUUUUCCCAUUCCCCACUUCCCUUGAACAAAGUGAGCCUUUGUUUUAACCUCUACUCUGGUUUUAAUUUGUAAUGCAAUAAUAAUAAUAAUAAUAAUAAUAAUUUAUUAUUUGUACCCCGCCCAUCUGGCUGGGUUUCCCCAGCCACUCUGGGUGGCUUCCAUAGAAACCAAAAAUACACUAAAAUAUCACACAUGCAAAAACUUCCCUGAACAGGGCUGCCUUAAGAUGUCUUCUGAAUGUCAGGUAGUUAUUUAUCGCUUUGACAUCUGAUGGGAGGGCGUUCCACAGGGCGGGCGCCACUACCGAGAAGGCCCUCUGCCUGGUUCCCUGUAGCUUUGCUUCUCGCAAUGAGGGAACCGCCAGAAGGCCCUCUGCGCUGGACCUCAGCGUCCGGGCAGAACGAUGGGGGUGGAGAUGCUCCUUCAGGUAUACUGGGCCGAGGCCAUUUAGGGCUUUAAAGGUCAACACCAACAGGUAGCCCCACGUAGAGCUCAUUGCAGUAGUCCAAGCGGGAGAUAACUAGAGCAUGCACCACUCUGGCGAGACAGUCCACGGGCAGGUAGGGUCUCAGCCUGCGUACCAGGUGGAGUUGGUAGACAGCUGCCCUGGAUACAGAAUUGACCUGCACCUCCAUGGACAGCUGUGAGUCCAAAAUGACUCCCAGGCUGCGCACCUGGUCCUUCAGGGGCACAGUUACCCUAUUCAGGACCAGGGAGUCCUCCACACCAGCCCGCCCCCUGUCCCCCAAAAACAGUACUUCUGUCUUGUCAGGAUUCAACUUCAAUCCAUUAGCCGCCAUCCAUCCUCCAACCGCCUCCAGGCACUCACACAGGACCUUCACUGCCUUCACUGGUUCUGAUUUGAAAGAGAGGUAGAGCUGGGUAUCAUCUGCAUAUUGAUGGAGACCCAGUCCAAACACCCUGAUGAUCUCUCCCAGCGGCUUCAUAUAGAUGUUAAAAGCAUGGGGGAGAGGACGGAACCCUGAGGCACCCCACAAGUGAGGGCCCAGGUGUCUGAACACUCAUCCCCCACCACCACUUUCUGAACACGGCCCAGGAGGAAGGAGCGAAACCACUGUAUAACAGUGCCCCCAGCUCCUCUAGACGGUCCAGAAGGAUGUUAUAGACAGAGCUCUAGCACUCUCCCGCCCCAGCCCUGCUCCCACGGUGGUGUCUAGCUCCUUCCGAAUAUGAGUGAUUUUAUCUGCAAAAAACUUUGCAAAAUCGUUGCAGGAGAUCUUGGGGUCUUUACAAGGCCCUGGUGGUAAAGGUGGUUCCGUUAAAUUGCGAACCACCUGAAAGAGUCUCCUGCUACUAAGUGUAUUGAACAUCUAAGGUGUCAGAAUGGCAUUGAGUACAAGCAUUCAAAUUCUACAUUUUGAGUUUGGAGUUUGACCACCUCAGACAUGUCAAAAUGUCCAGGAAAACCCAGUUUAGUGUGAUAUCUUAAGCAAUGAGACAUUGGAAUUAUGGUUGUUGGGCUUGCUCAGGGGCACAUUUUGUGUUUCAGCAAUGAGCCCUAUCUUGACUCCUGCAUUCAAAUUUAAUGGGGGAAUGGGAAAUUGUGCUGUUGGAAUGAAGUUAGGUUGCCCGGUCAGGUUUAUGGUUACAAAUCUCAUUUGACUCCUUUGCAUUAGUCUGACCCCCUUGCACACUAAAGAGGACCAAGUGAGCAAGGACUAUCAAGGACAUUGUCCAGCACUAGAUUUAUUUCUGAAUGCAGCAUACUUCCUACUCUAUGAUCCUAAAAUAUACACCUAGACCAUUUUUUAAUCAGGUGGUUUGAGGGUGUGGGGCAACUGUAGGCUUCUUCAACCCCACCAAGGCUAAACAGCCCCUCUCUAUUGGCCGUGAAAAACUAGCAGGGAGGGAGACAACCUGCUAGGCCAGGAGGCGAUUAAUGCUUCCUUGCAAGAGGGGGUGAUCCCUACCUGUUUGAAGGAGGCAGUGGUAAAACUACUCUUCAAGAAACCCUCCCUGGGUAUAGAAAAUCCAAGUACUGUAACUACCAGCCAGUAGCCAAUCUCCUCUCCUUGGGCAAGGUUCUUGAGCAUGAUCUGGUCACGGACGAGAUCCAGGCACUCUUGGAAGAAACUGAUUUUAGACCCAUUUCAGUUGGGCUUUAGACACGGUUUUGACACCGAAACUACUUUGGUUGCCCUAUAUGGUAACCUAUGUCAAAAGAGAGAGAGACAGGGGAAAUGUGUCUUUGUUAAUUCUCAACCUCUCAGUAGCUUUCAGUAUCAUCGACCGUGGUAUGUUUCUGGAGCAGCUGUCCAGAAGGGGUAGGUGGCACAGCUUUGUGGUGGUUCCACUCCUAAUUGGAUGGUCAUUUCCAGAGGGUGAUGCUUGGGGAGUGCUCUGGCCCCGUGAAGCCUUCCUUGUGGGGUUUGUCAGGGUUCAUAAUUAUCCCCCAUGCUGUCUAACAUCUAACAUUCACUUGGAGUGCUGGAAUAAAUACUGUAGUCUUGGCAGUACAAAUAUUUUGCAUUAACUGUAGGCAUAUGGAUUUCAGAUUCCACUUUUGUGUUACUUGAAAGGAACUAGCAUUUCACCUUUUAAUCAGCACCUUUUAGAUGGGGAAUCAUGUUUAUGUACUCCUGUUAAUAACAAGGCAAUAUGCAAUGAAUUAUAAGAUCAGCCUGUGUUUUAUGGAGGUCUGAUUUAUGAUGUAGUGGCCGGACACCCCCUAAAGCCAUAUUCAGUAAAGCUGACAGGGAGAUCAGAGUUCUCAGUUCUACAAUGUUUGGAUUCCAAAGCAUGAUGUCAAUUUAUUGCAUUUAAUUUAGAGAACUGAAUGUUUAAAAAAGAAGGUGACUAAUAAAAUGUGCAUUUAGAGAAAUUGAAACCUUUCUAAAUGAUAGUGCUUAUAUAUUGCUAUUGACUCUCUUUUUAUUAGGUAGAAGAUGUAUUCUUUCAGCCGCAUAUGUGGACAGUUCAACAUGGGAACAAAGAGAAAAAGAUCAGCAGAGCCUGGGUAAGGAAAUACAUUGGAGUCUAAAAUAAUGAUGAACUAUUGUCUAAAUCAGGGCAGUCCAACUGCUCGUACCAAGUGGGCUGCAAGAGUACUUUGACACAGAAUCUGCAGGUCACACACUGCCUUGUCGUGCAGGGUGGGGGCAGCAAAGCCAAAAUUUGACUGCUCCCCAGCCCUCAUGCUGCCUUCCCAAAGCCAGAUAAGAGAGUCGCUGGACUUUGGGAAGGAAGCACCUGGCUCUGGCACGGCCCUAAAUCUGGGAAAGUGCUAACUAGGCUUUGGGAAGGAGGUGGGAGGACUCUAGGGCACUGUCAGAUCCCUCAUGCCUCCUUCCCAAAGCCUAGCACCUCACUUCACUGGUUUUGGCAAGGCGGACUGAGGGCUGGGGUGUCAAAUGUUGCUAUGGGCCGCCAAAAAGGCCCUGUAAAUUCACAUUCGUUAGUGGUCUUCACCAGGUUUUCCCAGAGCAAGACACCUGAGUUGUUGAGGGUGAGGUAUGUGAGUGGAGAACUGUCGAGACAUUAAAUUCUGGAAUAGAAGUUAUGUUAGCCCUUGGCUCUAUCUGCACUAUAUGUUUAAAGUAGUAUCGUAUAUCUUUCAGGAGGCAUGGCUUCCCCCAGGGAAAGUGUGUUCAGGGUGCUGAGAGGAGACCCCUAUUUCGCUCACAGUUACCAUUCCCAGAGUUCCUUUGGAAGAGGGAUUGAUUGUUAAAAAACUGGGAAUGAUAACUCUCUGAGGGGUAUAGGGGUCUCCUAACAACUCUCAGGACCCUUAACAAGCUACAGUUCACAGACUGUUUAAAGUGGUUUGAAUCUGCUUUAAAUGUACAGUGUAGAUGCGGCCUUUGUGGUUGCAGAAUCCAAGAGCCUUUCAAAGCAGAACGGGGGCUGCUAUUGCAAAUGGCGUUUCUAUGGAAGUUAUUUCUCCUCUUUCCCAUAACAUGUAACAUAACUUUUCCCCAUGGUUCUAUCAUGGCAUCCCACAUCCCAGCUCCUCAUCAGUGGCUAUGCCCUUGAUACUGGGCAGUCAAAUCCCACAGGAUCCUGGACAGUCACGUCCCACAGGAUUAUUUGUGAUACUGGACAGUCAAAUCCCACAGGAUUAAUGCUAACAGAUGAUGCAUUAAUCAAUGAUUUAGGCAGGAAGAAAUAGCUGACCAUCUAACUUUGAAGGAAAAAUGGGCAGAAAUCCUAGGAGGCAAGCUGCCAAGUCAGGAUUCUGAAUGGACAGAAGGUCAAAGAAAUAGAGACUGGGAUAAAUAAUUGGAUGUGGAAUGUAACAAUUCCUGUCUGUAUUUCGUUGAAAAAAUCUGGGCUUUUCAGUUUGCAAAUAGUAAUCUUGCAUUAUCUCUUAUUUGAUCACAAGAUGGCAGUGCUGUCUUUGCAGAUGAUGGCAACUCUCAAUCAAGGGAUGCAUUAGUUUUGCAACAAUGGUCACUCAGGGAAGCAUUACAAUUGCACAUGAUGGAGAUAAUCUCUCUGUAAGGGGGAAAUGUUGGUGCUGUGUGAUGUACACAAGUGUGGAUGUUGCUGGGGCUCCCCAUUUUCAGGAGCUGCUCUGCAUUUUCUCCUGUGGGUGGGUGGGGGAGUCACGCAUGAAGUGCCCAUGGUGUGGAUGAAUCUUCCCUUAGCACCAUUUAAAGGCUCUAUUGUUCACAGACAUAGCAGUUAAAGCCUGGAUUUCACCACUCUUUUAAAAAGAACAUUAAAGUGGGUUGUGGUUCUGAAACACCUUUGUGAUUACACAGCAGGUUGAUUAAUUUCGAAAAGGGAAAGAAUGCAAGCAUUAAUCAUGGGAUUGUUCCAGGGCUCGGUGUCGACAAAGGGGAUGGAAUGUGCAGAAAAAGGUGCAGAAAUGGACAAACAAAAGGCUAGAACAAUUCUUAGGCUAUGAAAGAUUGAAAUGUUUGGGGUUUUUUUAGUCUAAUAAAAAAGAAAAAUGCAAGUAUUGAAGGGUGGGGAUGGAAACUCGUAAAGACACACUUUUUUGCCCAAGGUUUCCCUGAUCCUUAAGUUAGGACCUUGUUUUUUAAAAAAAUUGUUUGAAUUCCUGAUUUUAUAAAGCUUUACAUUACUGUUUUACAAGUUUUAUGUUGUGUUUCUUUGUUUUGAUUUUUUUUAUUGUUCUUACGUUGUACAAUGUUUAGAGGUUUUAAAAAUAUUAAGCAGUUUAUAAAUGCUUUCAAGUGAAUAAAGCAAGCUUCAUGAAAUUAAUGCACAAUGUGGAAAAAGUGGAGAAAAAGAGGUUUUUCUCCCUCCUUCAUAAUACAGUCAUACCUUGGGUUACAGACGCUUCAGGCUGUGUGAUUUCGGGUUGCGCACCGCACCAAACUCGGAAUGACCGGAACGGGUUACUUCUGGGUUUUGGCGCAUGCGCAGAAGCACCGAAUCGCGACCCACACGUGUGCAGACGAGGUUGUGAACUCCAUGGGUUGUGAACUCCAUGGGUUGUGAACGUGUUUCUGGCAUGGAUCAUGUUCGCGACCCGAGCGUCCACUGUAUCAGACCCUGGGGUCAUCCAGUGAGACUGAAUGGAGGGAGAGUCAGGAUGGGGGGGGGGGAAUAGCUUUUCACAGACACAAGGAUAUACCGUAGUUGCCAAUGUGGAUGGCUUUAAAAGAGAAUUAGACACAUUUAUGGAGGAUAAGGCUAUUUGUUGCUACUGACCACCAUGGCUAUGUUCUGCUUUCAUGGUGAGAGGCUUCUGAAUGCCAGUUGCAGGAAACUGCAAGAGGGGAGAGUGCUUUUGAGCUCAGGUCUUGCUUUUGAGCUCCUCAUAGACAUCUGGUUGGCCACUGUGAAGAAAGGAUGCUUUAUUAGAUGGGCCAUUGGCUGUCAACAGCUACUAGUUAUAUGCUUUCUCCAGAAUCAGAUGCUGAUGCAGCAUACAGGUAGAAGGGGGCGACAAAGGGAGGUGUCUGUUGCCCUUAUGUUUUGUGUUCGUGUAGGCAUUUGGUUGGCCACUAUGGGAAAUGGGAUGCUGGGUGCUUGAUAGGCCAUUUUGUCUGUUCCAAAAGGGUUCUUCUUUACUUCUUUAUGGGGUGAGGGCUGUGCCCCUUUGCCAAGCACUGGUGCCAACUCUAAGGGGCCCACAGAUUUAUUUUUUGUGUGGGUGCUAACCUCCCAGGCAACAUGCAGGGCCUUGCAAAGCCUCCAACGUAACAUCUGGUAGAAAACCAGAAGUUGCAUUGAAGGUCGCACGAGGCCUCGGACGUGACAUAUGAAAAUCCCAUUAUUUCUCUAAACCGCAGGAGAAAUUUACUGCUUAACAGUGGUUUUUUGAAUGCCAUAUGAGGAUACUGACAUAUUGAAAUACUGAAUGCCAUAUGAGAGUACUGACAUCCUUAAGGAGACUGCCUGCAAUCUACAGUACCUCUUUGUGCUAGUGGUUUUUCCUCCUGUCCAUUAGAAACUAAACUUGAGACCACUGAUUUAUUUCAAAGAGGAUACCAAGCAGCUAUUAUACAAUAACCUUCCAUUGAUUGGUGCUGACCUGAGCCAGAUUUGAACCAGCAGUUUUGGGAGUUGAAAAGCUUUAUUCCUAGUUACAAGUCCCUUGAGUCACCCAUUUAUAGGGACUGGGAAUUUUAAUCUCUACAGACAGUGGUAAAGCAAAUUUCAUCAAUAGGCAAUCUUAGAUCUCAUUAUUUUGGAAGGUUAUGCUUAGUUGUUGGAUGGAUGUCACUCUGAAUUUAGAAUUAAUUAUGAUUUUCUUUGGCUGAUUCAUGAGAUUUCCAUACCACUUUCAGUAAUUUGGGCUUUGUAGAAGGACAAUAUAUAUCUUUUGUACACCAUAGGUAAUAUAGACACCAGACAAAGAUUGACAAUUUUCUCCUGAGUAACAACCCACACUGAAAAGGGGAGAUUGGAAACUAGCCAAUAACUGUUCAACCCAGAGGUGCCUGAAGUCUCUUUUUAGUAAGUUUUUCUCCCUAGCCCUUAAAACAGUGUUUAUCAAACUUGUUGGACUAUAACUCCCAUCAUUCCUGACUACUGGUCCUGCUAGCUUAGGAUGAUGGGAGUUGUAGUCCAACAACAGCUGGGGACCCAAGUUUGAGAAAAACAGUGCCUUAAAGGAAAUACUAUUUGCGUUCUGUACCCAGGGCAUCUGUAAUCUUGCUAUACUGAUAAAGAACUGAUCCAGCUAAAUUAAGAGUUUGCCACUUAGGAUCUGAUUAGAAUAGUCUUGCUCAUAUUGGGAACAGACGCUUAACCAAUGUGGCCAAGUGUCGUCCAGUCUCAAAUCUUCCAUUUUUGGGCAAGGUGAUUGAGCGGGUGGUCGCUGAACAACUCCAGCCUGGAGGAUGCGGACCAUUUGGAUCCCUUCCAAUCGGGAUUCAGGCCUCAUCAUGGGACUGAAACUGUCUUGGUCACACUGGUCAAUGAUCUCUGCGGGCCAGGGACCAAGGUGAAAGCUGUUUCCUGGUCCUGCUGGAUCUGUCAACGGCCUUUGACACCAUUGAUCAUGACAUCCUUCUGAACCGCCUAGAGGAGCUGGGAGCUGGGGUCACUGUUAUACAGUGGUUACACUCCUUCCUUCCUUCCUGUUCAGAAAGUGGUGUUGGGGGGAUGAGUGUUCAGAUCCCUGGGCUCUCACUUGUGGGGUGCCUCACGGCUCCAUCCUCUCCCCCAUGCUUUUUAACAUCUAUAUGAAGCCGCUGGGAGAGAUCAUCAGGGGGUUGGGCAUUCACCAGUAUGGAGAUGAUAACCAGCUCUACCUCUCCUUCAAAUCUGAACCAGUGAAGGCAAUAAAGGUCCUGUGUGAGUGUCUGGAGGAUGGAUGGCGGUUAACAGAUUGAGGUUAAAUCCUGACAAGACAGAAAUACUGUUUUGGGGGGACAGGGAGCGGGCAGGUAUGGGGGACUCCCUGGUCCUGAAUGAGGUGAUUGUGCUCCUGAAGGACCAGGUAUGCAGCCUGGGAGUCAUUUUGGACUCAGCUGUCCAUGGAGGUGCAGGUCAAUUCUGUGUCCAGGGCAGCUGUCUACCAGCUCCAUCUGGUACGCUGGCUGAGACCAUACCUGCCUGCAGACUGUCUCGCCAGAGUGGUACAUACACCCCACGUAGAGUGCAUUGCUGUGCAAUGCACUCUAUGUGGGGCUACCUUUGAAGGUGUCCUGGAGACUACAACUAAUCCGGAAUGCAGCAGUUAGACUAGUGUCUGGGAGUGGCCGCCAGGACCAUAUAACACAGGUCCUAAAGGAUCUUUACUGGCUUCCAGUGUACUUCUGAGCACAAUUCAAAGUGUUAAUGCUGACCUUUAAAGCCCCAAAAGGCCCUCAGCCCAGUAUACCUGAAGGAGCAUUUCCUGCCCCAUUGUUCAGCCUGGACACUGAGGUCCUCCUCUGAGGGUCUUCUGCUGGUUCUCUCACUGCAAGAAGCAAGGUUACAGGGAACCGGGCAGAGGGCCUUCUCUGGGAAAACCAGCCAGAUGGGCAGGGUAUAAAUAAUAAAAUUAUUAUUAUUAUUAUUGUUGUUGUUGUUGUUGUUGUUGUUGUUGUUGUUGUUGUUGUUGUUAUCUGACACAUGAGACUCAAUUUGACUAAAUGACAACUAGAGUUUAAAAUAUUAAAUAACAAGCUGCACAGAGUACAUACGAUGAAUCAAGGGAAAGUCCUAUCUUUUUUGCAGGAAUGCUGCAAGUGUAUAAAAGAGGCAAAUGCAAAAUGAAUUAUUCAUUUCUUUCCCAGUAGUGAAACAGUAAUUGAAGCUUUGCUGGCAGAACUGCUACUCUGUUCAGUUAACCUGAUUUCUACUACCUGUUUUUGAAGCAUUUCACGAUGGGGCUGGUGAAUGUGUGUCAGCAGAGCACGCUUUAUACUGGAGCAAAAGCUCUGGCAAAGAUUUCCAAGUACUUUGUGAAGACAUCAGACUACAUCAGGAAAAACUUUUGAGCUGUUUGGCAGUGGCAUUAUCUCCCUUGGGAGGCUGUGGACUCUUCUUCCUUGGAGGCUAUUAAGCAGAGCUUGGACAGUCAUUUGUCAUGGAUGCUUUAGCUGAGAUUGCUGCAUUGAAGGGGGUUGGACCAGAUUAUCUAUGAUUCUACCAAAGAAAGAGUCUUGUGCACCAAUGAUUAGCAUGAUGAAGCUGUAUUGCAGGGGUGGGGAACCUGUUACUCUCCUGAUGUUGCUGGACCAUAACUCCCAUCAUCCCUGACCAUUGGCCAUGCUGGCUGGGGUUGAUGGAAACUGGAGGCCAAUAUCAUCCAGAAGACCACAGGUUGCCCAUCCCUGCUCUAGUAGGGCUUACUGUGUGGGAGGUGUGAGAGCCUUUAGCCCUCCUGAUGUUGCUGAACUACAAAGCCCAUCAGCCCCAGCAAGAAUGGCUUAUGAGAUUAUGAGAGUGGUAGUUCAACAGCAUUUGCCCAAGGGGUUUGAAAGUUCAGAAAUAGAAAAUCAGAAGUCUACAUCUGGAAUAAAUUGUGCAGAUUCAGUUUUCAUUCUGAUAAUUUCGGAACAUACAUGUUUCAAGUCUGUGUCCAGUUCAAAAGCCAUAGUUCUAGUUUAUGCAGCUUUACGCUGUGUUUCUAUAGCAAGGUUUCCCAGACUUGGACUACAACUCCCAUCAUCCCUAGCUAGCAGGACCAGUGGUCAGGGAUGAUGGGAACUGUAGUCCACAGGCAGCUGGAGACCCAAGUUUGAGAAAGCCUGGCAUAGAGCUAUGGUUGUAGGAAGAAAGGCUAACUUCCAUGUCCACUUUUCCAUGAGAAGGCAGUGCUAACUUUUGAUGAGUAGGCUAGCAGCAAAUCCUAUGGCUGGAGUGAGGAGAAGUUAUUACAUUUCCAUGGCUGAUAUUUAAAAAUGGAGGCUUACAUUAAAUGCUUUUAUCUGUCUUUUAGUCCAGAUCACUGAGUAACUUUGUUUAUACUCCUUUGGGUUUUUUUUCCUUCUCAGAAAUGAUUAGUGAUAAUUGAAUAUUUUUUAUUUUCUUUCUACAGGUGAACUAGCCACUCUGAUGGACAGAACCUAUGAAAGAAAGCUUCCUGUCAGCUCCUUAACUGUAUUCCGGGUAAGAAUGCAAACUCCAGUUUGGCUAAAGAUGAAAGCCACAAUACCCCCAACCCUCGCUAAAAAGCCCCUAGUCAGAUAUAACCUCUUUUCUUCCAGGAGAUCUUGAACUGAAAUAUUUUUUGCUGCAUAUGCUAUACUGUGAUCUAAAGUUACUGAGUUAGUAUUGUGCUGAGGGCACAAUGAUAGUCAUUUAAAGCCCUGAGAUGAGUUGAGAUGAUUUGCCUCAGUGUGAUGUGCCUUCUUUCUAAUCUCUCUUCUCAAGCUUUGUUAUUACUUUUUAAUCUACAUUAUUUGUCUCACUAUUGAGCUGACCUUCUUUGGCUAUAACGCUAAUGCUUUGUAGUACAAGCUCUACUUCUUAACUCCCCCAGGCCUAGAGAUAAGAUUCCAAGUUCUAAAGUGUCAAUAAAGUAUUGCUGGCAUGUGGAGGUCAUGCAUGUCAAUAUAGCAUCAAGGCAAUCAACUAAAUUGGAUUUUGAAAAAGAAAGAAAGAUAAGACUGCCUGGAAAAGAACACUGUAGCCGUACUAGGCCAGAUGUUCUUGUAGUGUCCAGAUGUGGAAACAUGAGGACACUUGAUGGUUAUUAAUUAUUUGUAUUCAUAUUAAAGUGUACUGGGCAUUCUACAACUAAUAGCUUAUCAAACUAGUAGCCUGAUACAAUAUUCCAUUCCCUGUCUUUCAAUCCCAGCCUCUGGUGGGUUACAUUUUUUUAUUUGUAGUCAUAUACAGCCCACACUUCACCACACAGUCCCAGACAGUUCCAUGUGACAAUAUGGGGGGGGGGGACUCAUCAUAUUUUUGUGACAUCACACAUGUGACGUUGGGCGGAGGCUGCGGGCCCUGGGGUGGCCCUCCACCACUGCGGGGAGGCCUGGUGGGGCCCUGCCCCUCAAGAUUGGGGGGGCUCAGCCCUGUCCCUGCUUACUUUGGGAGGGCCCUCAGCCCCGUAGAGUUGGGGCCUAUGGUCCCAGAGAGGGUUACAUGUUGCUCAAUUCAAAUAAAAUGUUCUGCAUAAACAUUACUAAACCACAGAUUAGAGAAUCAGUUGGAAAUAACUACAGCACUGCAAUGGGAAGGAUAUUCUGGUCUCGUCCUCCACCCACAAAGGCCUGGACAAAAAUGUGCAUCUUGACCUUUUUUUGAAAUCUAUACAACGAUGAGGUCAGAUGAAAAGACAAUUUUUGGUUCAAGAUGCACCCCCAACUCAAGCUAUGGACCUGAUCACUCCAGGGGAGUACAUCCUGUCAAGAAAAGGUUGUCUGCUCACUUCCUGGACCCUAAAGCUCACAACACUCAGCACCUUCAGCUUGUCUGCAUUCAGUUUCAGUUUAAUGGCCCACACUCUGCCCAUUACCAUCUCAAGGCAGCAGCCCAGCAUCUCAACCGCCUCUCCUGAUUCACAUGGCAUUGAGAGAUAAAGUAGUGUGUCAUCAGUAGGAUCCCAAAACCCCUGAUGACAUUCCCAACAGCUUCAUAUAGAUGUUGAAUAACGUGGGGGACAAGGUCGACCCCUGUGGGACACCACAAGUUAACUCACAUGCUGUCAAGUAAUAGUUUCCAGUUGCUAUCGUCUCAUAUAUAGAAAUGAAACCACUGCAGUGCAGGGCCCCUCAAAGAGAAUCAACUAUCGUUCCCCCAGACCUCUCCCUACAAAGAUCGGUUUGGAUGCUAUACCUGGGCCUGAACCUGGCUUGAAAAGAGUCCAGAUAAAUUAAUGGAAUAUCUUAAAAUAGGCAACCUGUGAUAUUAUAUGAUAGGAACACAGCCUUGUAUCAGGCUCAGGCUGUUUAUCCAGCUUGGCCAGGAUUGUCUACUUUAUUUUGGGACUCAAACUCCCAUCAGCCACAGCCAGAUAACCAAUGGUCAUGGAUGAUGGGAGUUGUAGUCUGCAAAAAUCUUGGGAGCUAUCAGUUUCCUGUUUCUGAUCUAUUCUAUGUUUGGCAGUGACUUUUCAGGGUCACAGGCAGAACCUUGCACAUUGUAUGCUUCCUGAUUCUUUUCACCUGAGACUCAGUUGAUUGAAACGGGGUCCUUCUGAAAAUGAAGUUGCUCUACCAACAGCUGUGCUUUUUCUUCAUGGAGGAAAAAUGAACUAUAUUAAUACUGUUGAUACUUCUGUUUUCAAUUACCGUAUUUUUUGCUCUAUAAGACUCACUUUUUCCCUCCUAAAAAGUAAGGGGAAACGUGUGUGCGUCUUAUGGAGCGAAUUCAGACUGCGCAGCUAUCCCAGAAGCCAGAACAGCAAGAGGGAUCGAUCCUUCUUGUUGUUCUGCCUUCUGAGAUUCAGAAUAUUUUUUUUUCUUGUUUUCCUCCUCCAAAAACUAGGUGCGUCUUAUGGUCUGGUGCGUCUUAUAGAGCGAAAAAUACGGUAAUAUGUUUGCCCUAUCCCCCUUUUAAAAAUGGCUUAUGUUGUUGGCCAUAACUAAAGCUGGUGGAAGAAAGUUCCAUAGGUCAGCUAAGUGUGUUGUGAAAAAAGCAUUUCAUUUAAAACCAGAGCAGCACAUGCUGUUUGUUCAUUUAAUUGGGUGUUUUUCUCCAAUUCCGGUACCACAUCAAAGAGAAAGCAGCUGCUUCCAUUUGGCUUCUUCCAGUUCACCGAUAAUUAUACAUAGCUCAAUAUACUGCAUUCAUGUGGAACUGGACAUGUGUCCUUAAUCCCCAAAGUCAAGAGAAUGGAUGAUUGCUCUUCAGUGACAUCCAAGGACUUAAGAGUGGGUAGCUCUUUCUCUGCCCCUGACAGAUACUGGAAAAUAGGGAUCCACCAGCCCAGUAAGAUUUCACCAUACAGGACUUUUCCCAUCACAGUGCUGUAGUGAUAGGAGAAGCUACACCUGCUACAGCUUAGAAGUUUGGUUGUAAGUUGCUUUGGGUUGCCUUGGGCAACAUAAAGUGAUGAACAAAUUUAACGAACAAUAAUAAUAAUAAUUAAUUAGUAGUAGUUGUUGUUCAGGAGCUCUCUCAGGAGCUUCCAUUGCCUUUGAUGAAGUCCUGCUGUGCUCUCUCCUAGGCUUCCCAGCGUUUCAUGUUUCACUAUGUCCUAGAAAUGGGGAACGACCUGGCGUUUCUGAAGGAAAUGAUAAAUGAAAACAUGAAGGGUAGACUUCAUAGUGAUGAUUUCUGAUGACGCUACAUGCACUUUGCAUUUUUUGAAAAAAGAAAAAAGAAUUUCUGUGACGUUACCAAAACAUGUGGAGUUCUGUGAGCUGCAUAGAUUAUGCAAAUUAAGCAAGUUUUGCAUAUUUCAACUGUUUUACAUAAUUUGUUUUUUGCUUUUGCUUGAAGAAAGGUUGAAGGAACUAUGCAAUAUAUUGGAGCCCCACCCGAUGGUCACUGGAUGUCCUACUCAUGCUUCAUCUCCCAAGAUUUUGCCAGCCAUUGUUCCCUUUCACUAUUACUGUGUAUUUCGAGCCUAUCUUUAAAAAAGCAAAGAUGGGCAGCCAUAUAAAUUUAACAACUACAUAAAUAAUGUGGAGUCGUUCCCUCUAUUUCUGAUGCUCAGACGUCUGUGCCGUUGCGUGACACCUGUCCUGCACUGCACAAGAUAGAGGCAUUAGCAGAUUUGGGGGAACCCCAAAGUUUGUAGAAGUACAAAUAUUUUGUGGGGGAGGGCUAAGAGAGGUGAAGCACAAAAACAGGCCAUUGAGGAUUGAGUGAGCUUCAGAGGCCAAGGAUUGCUGACUGACAGUUGCAAGGUGGGGGCAGGAAAACAGGUGGAACGGGGAAUAGAAUUGAGUAGCCUAGUUACAACUGGUUUGUAAAUGGCUCGCCAUAUGUCCCAAUUGUAAUUGACUGUGUUUGUGUUCAGUACAAUCAUAUGAUGUUCCAUUUACCUGGCCAGCGAUUGGAACUGUAAUGUUCUUCAGUUGCAAAUCGUAACACUUGUUGAACCAUUCACAAAACUAGUUAGGUAUGCACCAUUCUGCACUCUGAGCUGACCAUCUUUUUCUCCUUCAGUUUAUAGACAACAUUACUUCUCGUGAACAAGUGGAUCAAGCGGAGUAUUAUCUUUACAAGUAAGCAAGCUUUUUUGGUUUCCAAACUUUGAUUUAUGAGAUAAAGAAAUCAAGGCUAUUGAAUAUAUUAUUUGCGUCAAGCUGUUGGUUGGGGACAGUUAGGUGUUACUUGUAAUUAUAUUGCAGAUCAUCAAUCAAUAGGUGACCAAGGAUCCAUAAAUGCAUUAACCAGCUCAGCCCUGGAGAGUAAAUCUUUUACUCUGAUGAGAAAAUAGGAACAGGAAAAGCCCUCACUGUUCUUAUGCACCUGGAGAAGUGUGAGGAUUCUCCAUGAUGCCACAUUGACUUUAGAAGCAUGGGAGAAUGUCAGGGACCCUCUCUGAUGCUGCAGUAAGCGUUACAGAAACUUGGAAAGCUAUUAGACUUCUUGCUGCUUCCUGGUAGUUUGAAGCUUAGCAACGUGGGUUUGAACUCCUGCCGUUCUUCACAAUUGUCCUGAGUUUCAAGCUCUGCAUAAUGUCAGAGGGCCCUGUCCCCUCCGGAAGUGGGGUGGGGGGCCAUGGCAAGAAUGCUGGCUGCCAAAUCCAGUGAAGAUAUGUUGACAGGGGCCAAUAUGGGGUGUAAUUAUGUGGCUUUCUGCUGUUUGUAUGGUAACCUCUAGACUCAUUGACUGCUAGAUUUGUACACUGAGCAUUCUCACCUUGCUAGGUGAGCUUGGGGUUGUGGUAUGGUAAUGUUGAAUGCAAAUGUGGCAAAAUGUUGUUUAGCAUUACUGAUGUUUUUAUUCUGACUUGUCUGCAAGGAGUUCAGGGCAGCAUAUGUGGUUCACUUCUGUUUUAGCCAUACAAUAACCCUCCAAGUUAGGUGAAGCUGGCAGACCAUGAUGGUGGCGGCAUUCAUGGCUGAGUGGGAAGCCCUAACUCUGACACCAAAAUGGCUCUCUCUGUAGCACUUUUUAUACCAAUUAUGCAGCCCAGUCCUGUGCAUAUUUACUCAGAAGUAGGGCCCUAUUUGUUUAAUUGGUUUGCUCCCAGUUACGUAUGCGUGGGAUUGAAGCCUUAAUGGAUCAGGUGUGUGACAGCCAUCACCAUUUUAUGUUCUGACAACACUGCUUUGAGAUAGACUGCUGUUGUUCCCAUUUUACGUAAAGUGAGCCAUGGUAGCAAAAGAAGGUACUUUCUUAAGACCAAAGGCUGAUGAUGUGAUUUUAAGUUGCGUUUUGAAAAUGGUACUCAAGUCAAACUCUCUUUUCAUUAUACAGUGUUGAAACUCAUGUAUGAUUUCAAGUGUAAAACUAGUUAAUUACAACCAGCAAAGGCAGUUCCUUCAGAGUUCUCCCUUCAUUAAGAAUCUGGUACAUCUGAUUCAGCCGAACACAUUUAUUUCCUGCAGAUUACUAAUCACAUCUGGAAUUUUGAGGGGGGUCCAGGGGGUACAUUAACAAAAACGCUGAUUUGUGUUCGGAGGUGACAUAACACAAAAUGGCUGCCACAUCUAAAAUAACAGAAAAGGAUUCAGGAACACAAAAUGGUGCCGGCAUGCCUGCCCCUUAAGUCCCCCCUCCCCCGCAAAAGAAACAAAAGGCACACAUAUCAGGCACUUACAGAGAGAGGCUCUUUCCCUCAUCUUUUGUAUUCAGAAUGGAAGGGAAUAUGAGUGUUCAGUCCUGACCUGUAAUUAAAUGUGGACUUGCUUAAAGCAGUGCAUUAAAUGUAGGAGAGUCAGAGCCAGUGCAAACAGAGACUGACCAGGAAGAGCACACAGGUUUCCCAUGCAUUGUAGAUUUUUCAGGCGAUAUUUGCUGAAAUGGCCUGCAGGUGCCAUAGGAGAUGCUUGUGGGCACACUGGCACCAGCAGGCAUCAUGUUGGCAACCCUUUUGCAGCUAGAAUUGUGAGUGUUUAAAUAACCUUUAGUCUUGCUUUGGAUACUUGGUCUACUAUCCUCUGGCAGUGGACUCUUGUUGCAAAAUGUAGAUGUGCAACUGAGCAGCUAGAACAGAGCCACCAGCUUUGCCUUGAAUAAAAUAUGUGGAAUGACAUGCCUGUUCACAGCUUCUGCUUCUGCUUGGUUUUUCUCCAGGUCAUAAUUUAAUUAAAACUGCUAUUUUUGAGGUCUUGUGUGUCUUUGUGAGAGUUGAAGGCUACUUCUGGGUCUAUUGCAUUAAUCAGAAGAACCAGUAGAGAGGAUUGCUGACAGAGUUCAAAAGGCAAACGCGGCUCCUUAUUUGACUUUUACAUAUUAUGAAUAAUUGGUUGGUCCAGUUUUAUACCUAUAUUUUUCACUCUUAUUUUUAAUGGUGCAAUGAGAAUUCUAAUAGCUUUCAGGGUGAAAUGCAGGUUUCAUUAUCCCUUUAACCAACACUGCUAGAAGGCUUCACAGAAACCAAAGGACAUAGUAACUGCCUUGUUGACAGUAGAAUCAUAGCAUUGAAAGAGACCUCAAAUACAAUCCACUUCAGCCCCCUGCUCAUGCAGGAAACCGAUUAAAAGCAAGUGUGCAUCUCUUGCUGAUGACGCAUCUCAAAGUAGCAAUAUAUUGGCAGUACAUGAAAGGUGUUACAACUGAAUGCUUGUAUCCAGGGAUCGAAAUUAGCAGGGUGGCAGGCGCAUUUUGCGUCUAAAGAUUCUCCAUUUGUGAGCACCUCAAAAAGUCUGGGUGCCAUUUUUCGCGCCUGGCCGACACUCAAGGAUUACUGAAAUGUAUGUGCUUUGAAGCCUCAAAGUACAGUGGUACCUAAGGUUAAGAACUUGAUUCAUUCCAGAGGUCCGUUCUUAACCUGAAACUGUUCUUAACCUGAGGUACCACUUUAGCUAAUGAGGCCUGCUGCUGCCGCGCCGCCGGAGCACGAUUUCUGUUCUCAUCCUGAAGCAAAGUUCUUAACCCGAGGUACUAUUUUUGGGUUAGCGGAGUCUGUAACCUGAAGUGUCUGUAACCUGAAGCGUCUGUAACCGGAGGUACCACUGUAUAUGUUAAAGAUAGACAACAUGUUAAGAAGUUUAACAAUAAAGAGUAGAAUGUUUUGAAAACCGAAGUACGGGACUGAUGUUUUUAUUGUAAACAUCAAAUUAAACAUGUAUUAACAAUUUCUGAUAAAAAUGUGAUUUUAACAAUGUGUCUCUUAUGUGAAUUGCGUAUUAGUUCAUGCUUAUCAAAGUAAUAAAUAAAAAGUGUUGCCAACCUCCACAAAAUGUGGCGACUAAAGAUUCUGUUUUGGUGCCCACAACUCGGAUCCCAGAAGCCAUUUGGCUUCUAGCUUUUCUAUCUAAGUUUCUAACACUGCUAGUAUCAUAAGGUCUAGUAGAGACCCUAAUUCAGAAGCUUAAAGAGUGCUCAGUGGACAAUUGAAGAAAGGUAAUAUUGUAGGGUGGUAUGAUUUUUAUUAGUUUAUUAGAGAAAAAAGAACAUUAAAGGACUCACCCAACAAAAUGUGAUAAACUUGGAAUUCCUUCCUUCCUUCCUUUUACUUAGCAUGGUUUUUCUUUUUCUUUAUGUUAUGUGUCUCUAAUAAAAUGCCCGUUCUGAUUAGCUGAUAGUUUACGUUGUCUGUAUAUGUUGCUAUAGUUGUGUUUUUUGUAUAUUUUAAAAAGCAAUAAGAAUUAAUUAUUAAAAAAGAACACCCACCUCACUUGGCUAAAAAAAGUACUUACGCAGCUUUAUGGUACUGACUUAUUUAUGUCUUACACAUCACCAUCCAUAAAUGCUUUGUUCACUUACCCUUAAAAAAAACACGCACCACUUUUUUACUGCCAAAUGUCAAAGGCUGUGUGAAAGAUUAAACACGAAAGUGCUACCACUGACUCAUUAUUCAAAGAUACCAGCAUCUCGUUGGCUAGGACCUUAGAUAUGGUCUUAAUUUGCAUAUCAUCUUGGCAUCAGAAGCGUUUAAUUAUUGCUUCGUUCUUAGCUAUCCUGCUUAUGUAGGAACAGCUGGGAAAUGAGGUUUAGAAGUUGUAGAAAGGUCAGCAGUAGCUGGAAAAUACAGAUGGCAGCCAAGAUGGUACAGUAAACAUGGCUGGCUCCCUGCCUAGUACAGGUAAGUAACUGCGCACAGAUUUCUCUUUUUCAAUGCAAGCUCUUUUGGAUUCAUUAGUAACCUGUAAUUACCUGUUUGGUCUGUUAUUUCAAGGGAAAACUCAUUUAUGAUUUUAUAGCUGUCUUGCCUCACCUAAGCAUGGGCAGUGAAGGGAUGCCGUAAGUGGGCAGGAGGGGAGCGAUGGGACCUGUGAGCACAGAGUGUAAAUGAGAUUUAUGGAAAUGAUAGUGGCAAAUUGGCCAAGUCUUUCCUGGAGAAGUUUGGAGGGGAAGCGUCUGUGGAGCUGGGGGAGGACAAGGAUAUUUCAUUGUCCAUUACCCCCAGUGUCGUGGAAAUACGCCUGCUUGGAAGGGCUAAUUAAGAGGCAAGCCUGAGCACCAACUGGCAAAUGGAAAGAUUUUCCUAAGUGCUAAUUGAUCAGUCUUCAGAAUUUGUGAACUGCUCAGCCAACUCAGGAAUAAUAGUGUUUCCUCUUCGGUUUCUUUGUUUUUUUGUUUGAAUGCGACAUAUUUCCUUUUGCUUAAAAGUAGCACAUUCUUCCUGUAUUGUAACCUCACUGUUAAAUUAGCUGUUAGUUAUGAUUGCACUCAUUUUCCUAAACAUCAAACAAAACAAAGAGAACAAAGGAUAACAGGCACACACUUUGGGGAGCUGUGGUUGGCUGCUUUUUCCUAUUUAAUACACAUUUGGUGUGAAACUAACUUUUUCCCACUUGCAAAAUAGCUCCAAGGCUCACAUUGCCCAACCUGGAAAAAUAAAUAAAUUGACAGCUCAGAGAAAUUGGUGAAUAUUAUACAUGGGCCUAGCUGGUCUGUGUUUUUCAGCUUGCUUUCUCCUCUUUGCCCCCAAUUCUCAAUGUGAUUUAAAAUAAAAAAUUAAAACCUUGCAUACUGCACCAUGGAGAGAGAGAGAGAGAGUAUAGUGUUCUGAGCUUUUGCACUUCUUUCAAUAAAUGAAAGGAGAAAUUCUGAGUUUUACUCAGAGUAGAUCCAUUGAAAUUAAUGAACCUAACUUAGUCAUGUAGAUUAAUUUCAUUGGGUCUUCUCUGAGUGGAACUUCGCUAAAUAUCACCUAAUUUUUGUACGACAAUGGUAGUGAGAUGGGAUCUAUAGCCUCAGAAACUAAUGUGAUUCCUUUUCGCAAGUCAGAAACGGCUUCAGUGAAGUACCCAGCUUGCCAAUGGUAAUGAAACAGUAAAUGCAAACAUUCUAGGCUGUUUGAAAUAUGCUCUAAAUUCUAAAGAAAAUCAAAAUGUGCAGAAAUGCACAGCUACAGCCAUGUGGCAAGGAAAAAGAAAAGUGGAGAAAGAUAUUUCUCAGGUUUGUAUAACACAGUGCGAUAUUUAUAGCACAUACAUUGCCACCUUUUCCUCAGUGGCAGUUCACUCAACUUUCUUUCUUUUUAAAUGCCUGAGUUGUAAGUAGAGCAGGAAAAAGAUUAUUGUUAUAAAUGAGGGCGAGAACAUGACUUCUCUCUGUGGGAUGAACUAGCCAGUGUUUUGCAUGUUGUUUUGGAACAGAAAGUGCCCAGUCCAGUCUCACUUCUGCCUUGAAUUACAAGCCACUGUAAAACACAUGGGUGUUUAGGCCUAUAUGAUUUAGGCUCCUGAUAUGUGAAAUACUGCUUGCUUCCGUGCAGAUCCUCUUGUAGUUCUGCCACCCUCAAAGGUUUGGGAAGGAGAUGGCCGAGGACAUGGCAUUCUCAGUGGCAGUCCCUAAGAUCUGAAAUUCCCUCCCCCACAGGGUUUCAUCUGGUUCCUUUGUAUAGUUUCUGCUGAAUGCUGUCUUUGAAACCUGAGAUACAUAUUUUAGGACUCACCCUGUUUUACUGAUUGUGAAUCGUUUCAACUAAUUUUAAUACUGUUUAAUAUUGUUGACACCCCUGGGACCUCAUGGUAAAAAAUGGGUAAAAAAUUCAUUUAAAAAUAAUGAUUUGCUUCAGUCUUCCCCCCCCCCAUAAAAACCCUGCAACAUGAAAAUAAGCAGUGUAGUGUAGUGGUUAGAAUUUUGGACUAGGACCUGAGAGACUUCCAAUCCCCACUCAGCUAUGAAGCUCACUGGGUGACCUCAGGCCAGUCACAGUCUCUCAGCCUAAACUACUUCACAGGGUUGUUGCAGGGAUAAAGGGGGGGGGCAGGGCAGGGAGAGAACUAUGUACGCCACCUUGAAUUCAAUGGAGGGAAGCUGGGAUAUAAAUGAAAUAUACAAUUAUUUAAUGUUAUUUAUUUAUUAGAAGCUGCCCCAUCCACUCCAUUUUCCACGUUACAACCCUUAAGAUAUUUGAAGAUGGCUAUCAUAUUUCCUCUGUUCCAGGGUAAACAUACCCAACUCCAGCUAAGUUGCUCAUAAGGCUUGGUUUCCAGGCCCUUUAUCAUCUUGAUUGCACACUUUCCAGCUUGUCAGUAUCCUUCUUAAAUUGUGGUGCCCAGAACUGGACACAGGUCUCCAUUUGGGGUCUGACAAAGGCAGAAUAGAGUGGUACUGUGGCUUUCCUUCAUCUGGACACUAUACUUCUGUUGAUACAUCUAAGACCCCCAGAUCCUUUUCACAUGUACUACUAGUAAGCCAGGUGCCCCCCCCAAUCUUAUAUUUUUGCUGCUGUAUUUGUAAUAGAGCUGUAUUUAUCUUUGUUGUAAGUAAAAUAGAAAUAAAGUACCUGAAGCAUAUUAAACAUAUUAAGUGGGAGAAUUAAGCACUUACUAAACUUUUGGCUGAAUUGUGCCCCAUAUAAAUGGAAAGCAAUUUUAACUGCUGCACUGUUUUGCCUGGAUGCAAUUGCUGAAGAAAUCUGUUUAAAGCAGCCUCUGCACGACAGCCAUUUUAUGUGUACAGAUCAUUUUAUGUGUACAGGAGCUGGUUCUUUUAAUUACUUGUGUUACGGGAGCUGACUGAUGAAGUUUCCCAUUAAAAUGCUUUCAGACAAGACCCACAAAGCUAGCAAUAAGUGUGAAUGUGCACUAUGAUAGUAACUCCUGGAAAGAUUAAGCUACUUCUGGUUUCUUGUGUGGGAAUUCUCUCAUCUGGAUGUUGAGCCAGCAUUAAGAAUUGAAUGUCUCUUCUCCCAGGAGUGACUCAUUCCCUUUCAAAUUACCACUUGAUAAAUGGGGUUGUUUGGAGUAGCUCUUAUUUCUCCCCUGAUGGAUGGUUUGUUUCUAGUGACUUCACAGUGACGUUAUUUGGCUGUUAGUUGUUCACUCCACAAAGCAUUUAGAAGAAAACUUGAUAGAGAUAAAGUGUCUGCUGUUUUUCUGCUUUCUGGACCUAAGUCAGACCCCAGCAUUUACCACAGGGGUGCCCAAAUUUUUUCAAAGAGGGCCAGAUUUGAUGAAAUGAACAUGCAUGAGGGCUGACCAAAGUUGUUGAGCUUUUUUUUGGAUUUGCUGAGCUUUUCUUCGAAUUUUGCCGCAGGACAUAUACUACUAUGGGGCCGGAUUAAAUCAACCGGUGGGCCAAAUUAGGCCCCCCAGAUAUGCUUGAUUUACCGUAUUGGCCUGAAUAUAAGCCGCACCCUCAAAUAAGCCGCACCUUCAGAAUUUAGGGGGGGAGACAUUCCCCCAUGCCAUUUUGCCAGCGGCCUUCCCUCCCCCCACAGAGAGCAACCCAGGAGCAUGGGACAACGGCGCGCAGCCCGCCUGCUGCUCCCAAGCCUCCCCGGAGCUGUUGGGGGAAAGGGAAGGUUGCGAAUAUAAGCUGCACUUUAACUUGUCACUGUCAGAAUUUGGAAAAAAGGUGUGGCUUAUAUUCAAGCCAAUACGGUAAGUAUUCCAGUCCUCAAAACGCUCACUCCAAGUGAAGGAAAAGAGUACCAAUUGCCCCUAGUCAGGGCUGACCCAAGACUUUGCUGCCUAUGGUACGAUGCAUAAUAUCCAAAGCUGGUCAUAUUCUUUUGGCACCUGAGACAGGAAAUCCCACAAGCAUCUGCCCUCCUCGCUGGCAGUAGAGGUUCAAUAAUGAUAAUAAUAAAUUAAAUGUUUUAGCAAUUUGCAGCCCUUUCAUGAUACCUACAGUCAGCUGCCCGAGGCGGCUGUCCUACUCUGCAUAAUAGCAGAGCUGGCUGAGGCCACUGAUUCAUUGAUUAAGUUGAUUUAGGCCAGCUCCCUUAUCUAUUCCACGCUGCUGUAAGACUCUGAUCUCUUGAGGGAUCAUCCAAUAGCAGCUGCUUAUCAGAAAUUUAAUGAGAGCUUCCCCUCACCUCCCAGGGUACUUUCCUACCAGCAGCGUUUCACAAAUGCCCAGCACACCUCUCUGGCGCAUGUGCUCACUUAAAAUAUAGUCACCUGUGCUCACCAUCUUUCUCAUUUGCACAUCUCUCUCUCUCUCUCUCUCUCUCUCUCUCUCUCUCUCUCACACACACACACACACACACACAGAGGCUGGCUCUGCUUUCUUCAUUCUCCUGGUAAAGAGAGCUCCCUGGCAUCUAAUCCUGACUCAUAGGAAGAAAGGUGUCACCAGUGCUAAUAACCAAAGGAGGCAGAUGGAGCUAAUUGUACAACAAUUUAUUGUUAGAGCCCCAUUACCUCCUGGGUAUAAUCGAGGCAGUGUAAUAUUGUUCAAUACAAUAAGGCUUUAAAAAUUAAUUACGUAUUCAUGAUAAGCCUGGCAUGUGACUUCACAGUCAUGAGCCGCAGCACAGCUUGAAGGUAGACAUCUUGGGUGCAUCAUUAAUCAGAGAGGCUGAUUUUGGUAACAUAUUCAUGACUGUUUCCCAGGAGUAAGGCAUUGUUGGUAUGCCCUGCACACCCGUGUUCCCCUGGGCGCGAAGCCUCAAACAUCAGAUCCAUGUGUUCCUAACCUGUGUUUGAAUGUAAAAAGAAGCGAGACUUGAUUUGUUUUUAAUACAAGGCCUCCAUUUGUUUUUCUUGACAUUUCAUCUCAUCCAUUAUAUUUCUGGCAUUUUCGAUUGGUGCAGUGCUGGGGGCAGGCGCACACAGUGGAAUAUGGUUGUCAUAGUGAAGAAUUAGGAGAUUAAGUGGGUAGGAACGAACGAGUAUAGCAGCAGCUGCCCUGUACAGAAGUAAUGAGGGGCUGAGGGUGCAAAAAGAUACCACACUAGCAUGGCUUAAGCAAAAAUAAAAUAGUUGCAAAUGAACAUUUUUUUACUAAUAGCAGAGCCAUGUGAUGCAUGUUCCUUUCAUAUUAUAUCAUACCAAAUUUGAAUUCGGUUACCAAGUUUUUAAAUUAAGCUUUCCAGGUUCUGUACAAAGAUUUAAUAACAACACAGGUCCUGUCAUCAGGUUUAUAAUCUAUUGAGCCUUUGCCAACCAAAGAUUUUGGGCUCCAACUCCAGUCUGCCACAGACAGCCCUCCGUAUGUUUGAAAAUGAUAGAUCCAAAAAGUAAUGGAACAACAAAGUCAUAGAAAGACUACUAGUACUACUAAUGAACUUUUAUUAGCCUUUUACUUUAGGGUUUGGGAUUUUCCAAACAGUUUUAAGAUUGCCAUUCUCAUUAAAACAGCAACAGCGCACAACUAGAAUUUGAAGAUUACAUCUCGGUUCAGCUCAAAACAUGAAAUAUAACUGAGAUCUAGGAUGUGCUACCUUGUUCAUUCACACAAACAAACAAUGUCUACUCGUUGUGUUGUUAUGGGAAACAUUUCCCAGAGAUAUGGAAAACAUAUCUCUGAAGGCUUCCUACCCUUACAUUAUUUGCUCUUUUAAUUACAGAAACAGUUAAGCAUUUCAAGCUCUCAUGUCGCUAAAAAAUACAGGCAUUUUUCAGAGGCCUUGUUUAAACAUUGAAGAUGUGCCCUAUUUGACACUGCAUGAAGUGUUCGCAGCUUAAGUAUGUGAUUAGUUAGUAGCGUAGACUUGUUUGCUGCCUGCUCUUGAACAGAUAUAUCUUCCUCUCUAAUUGUGCUCUGUGCCCCCAUUCAGAGUUGAUAGCUGCCACAACAAUGUGUCCUUAUUAUAGUGAGGAAUUGGUUAACUACAUACAUCUACAGUGGGUCAAGGGGAGAAAUCGAAAUACCGUUUGUAUCCUGUUUGCGGUUAUGGCUCUGUAUAAUUUUCACUGAGGAAGGAAUGCAGCUAACUAGUAAACCUGACCUUUUAAGCAUUAUUGAAAAAAACAGUACUUGUAUGAGUUUUAUCUGCUGCAUUACAGACUUGCUGAUGUUUGGAUAAUGUUUCAAAAGUAAGAAGUUAAAUGUUUUGAAUGGCUCAUUAAAAAAUAAUAAUAUAAAUGACAUAAGCAACAGGGGAAAAUAUUACUCAAGCAAAUGUCUGGCUGUAAAUUAGACUUUAUUGUAGUUGUGCUGGGACUAUGGAAAGCACCAGAGAAUCUCUUUUCAGGUUGCUAUAGUAACAGCUCACUCCAUCAUCCUCCAGUGUUUUCAGGGGCCUAUCAGAGUGUGUGCUCUAACACUAGAUUAUUAAAGGAAUUUGUAUUCAAAUCCAGUCAUUUUCAACUGGGUGAAGCCCAUAAGUAAUUUUUAAGAGGAAGAAAUCCUUAAUGACUGUUUUCUUUAUUGUGAGUAGAUUUUUUUUUAUAAAAAAGAAAGACAUUUCCCAGUUUGGUUUCUUAAGUAUUUCAAAGAGUUUGUAGCUUUACAGUGAAAACAGUAUCUGAUCUUUAUUUAUACAUGAAAAAGCAUAUUCUUUUUUUCCUACAGAAGGAGAGGAAGAAUGGGAGGGAGAUUACAGGAGAGCAAAACCUCAGGGAAACUAGUUCUUAAAAUGUUUGUUCUUUAGGCAUACAUCACUGAACAGUGACGACAACAAAAGGGAAACAUUGAUCUUUCUUCUUCUUUCCUAUCCUUUGAGGAUUUUUUUUUUUUAAAAAAGAAGAUUCCAAAGCUAUGUUUAGGGGUUUUAAACAAACAAGCAAAACCCUCUUACAUCAUAUAUGUAAUAAUCCUAAUAUGUAAAGAAAUUGGAAAACUGCACCUAACUGGUGCUUGUGUUUUUGUACCCAUGGAGACCUGUGGGUUAGAUGCUACGGCCAAGGGUUUGAUUUUGACAUAAAUCCUAUUCAGCUGUUAUUCGUGCAUAGUAGUGGGACUAUGCAUCUGGUCCUAGCUGCCAGCAUCUUGCACAGUACUGAACUGGAGUUGACAUCUGCAUAGAGAAAUCCUGUGCAUGAGCACAUCUGGUCUGAUGCAUCUGUGUUUUAUUCCAGAGGCAACAUACCAUAAUCCUGUGCCUGAAGAGCUUCUGAUUGGCUAGUUUCAGCUAGGCUAGUGUUGAGGCUCAGGCCAUGAAGCUAGUAGUUAAAAGAUUCAAGAUUCCUGACGGAUGCUUGGGAGUGGGCUUGGGCAGACCUCUGGAGGCAAGGUAGUUCCACAACUGUGGCCAGCAGCUGAUAAUGCUGUUGCAUUGAGCUUGGUGCAUAAAUGGUACAGUUACGACCGUGCAACGGAAUGAGGCAGUCGCUAAAGAAUGUGUGUACUGAACCUUGGAGUUUUAGGCAUUUAUACCACAACUCACCCUUCUCUUCCCCCUGCCCCAACAUAUGAGAAGUGAUGUCUAAGCUGACUGUGCCAGUCCUUGGUUAGAUGAUUUGGUUGGACUAGCUGCCCUUUGAAAUAGCUUUCAAUUCUAUAAUUCUAUAUGGAUUGUUGUACAAUGUUAGGUGCAAUUAUCUAGCAAGCUCCAGCCAAAUUCAAGCAUGUGUUUAAUUUGGACCAAAUCAUUCAGUGAUUGCCCAAAUUGAGAUCCAUAUAAUUAAGCAGAUAGUAAACCUAUCCUAUAUGCAGAUUUAUUGGGAUAAAUUUCAUAAUUUUGAAGGAAAUUUCCUUUGGAUGCUCAGUAGCUUAGGUUGGUGUUCUUGUGUUUUUUUUAAAAAAAUAGCCUUUAUGUUCCAUGUUAGUGGUUAUAACAAAAUAUUCAAAAUUAAUGUUAUCUCUUUAAAUUCUUGGCUAAAAAAACCCCCCUCUGCAUGUCUGAUAGCCUUUCUUCAAAGAGUGGGUGAAUAAUGAUUGCAUUUUCAUAGUUUAUUUACUGGAAAAUGUAAAUAACAGGCCUAGUUCAGUGGGGAAGCGGGCAAAGCUACUUCUUUGUCCUUAUUUGCUUUGAAAUUCUCUCCUUUCCCCUUGAUUUCAGUAGCUGUGUAAAAGGUUUAAAUAAUAAUAGUAAUUGCCGUAGCUGUUAAAUAGAUUUGUGACACAUUGCACAGAGGAAAUGUUUCCUUAAUGCCAUUGGAAAUUUUAAUUUUUACAAAGCUGGGUUGGGAGGGAAUCCCUUCUUUUACUCCCUGGGAUGUAGAGUUAAAGGGUGCACUGUUCUUAUAAGAACUUGUGCACUGAAUAGGUUGUACAAGGAUUUGAAAAGGAGGAGGGGGCAUGUGCAUGCAUACAUAUAAAUGGAUGCAAGGUUGACACAGGCCAGGAGAUAAAAGGAAAGCUUCUUUUACUCAUGGAUGAUUAAAAGCCAACUUUCAAGAAGCAAAGGGUUUUGUGGGGCAGUUUUCUUUUGACAGUGAGACGUGAUCAGUGCCCCUGGGCCUUUUUUAUUUUUUUAUUUUAUUUUAUAAUGCAGAGGAUUUCUUCCACUGCUUACAGCUUGAAAUGGCGACAAAGGAGAUUUCCUGGUGAUGUCCUCCCAAGCCCUCUAGUUUCUAUACUAAGCCUGCCUGGAAUCUAUUUGAUUAUUAAGCUUUGUACCUAAAAAUAUGCCUGGGAAGAGAGAACGUGGCAUUUUUUUAAAAGCUAAAGCUUCAACACAGAGAGCUAUGACUUACAUUUACAAAGUGAAGUGGCUUUGGAUUCAUUCCAGUAGAUCAGCUUAUUUCUGGCAGUUUGAAAGCUUCAUCAGCAAUUGAAGCGUUUGUUUUCUGUCUGGUUUCCUCUGAAAUUAUGUUAAAAUCUGAAGUAAACCGGGGUGGAGGUAGGGCAGGAAAUCUGUUUAGAAAAAUAAAUGUUCACAUGCAGAUUUUUGGAAUGCAUACAUGCAGUGUAUGCCACUGCAUUUCACUAAGACACAUGGAUCUGAUUUACCUUGAGCAAGAACUUGGAAACAGCUCCCUGGUGCAUAGGCAACAUGGUAAAAUAGGCACAUUUGGCUGCUUCAGAGGCGAGCAAGUAUACUUCAUGCACAGUGUAUGCAUACUGUAUGUAUGCUAUGGAACGUGGUUCCAAUAGGGUUGCCAUACAUCAUCCGGACGUAUCUGGAAUACUGCAGUUUGCGGUAGUGUCUGGGCUCAACAACUUUGGGCAAAACUGAAAACAGCUCAACUUUGUCUGGAUUUUCACUGUUUGAAAUAGGGCAACCCCAUCUUAAAAAAACCUUUGACUUGGGCUACUUCAUUUUAGAACUUAGAAAUAAAGCAAAUUCUUAAGCUAGGGACUCCAUAAUUUGUCACAACCUCAGUGGUGCCUUGUGCUUGUUUGAACCAGUAGGGCAUAAGGUGGAGAGACCAACAUAAAGUGGAGGCAGAGCCAUUGAUGGGCAGAGCCAACUAAUAAUAGUUUUUUACCCAUCCUCUUCCCUGCUGAGUUCUUCAAGAGCAACAAUGAGGCUAAGGAGGAAGAAGCUGACAGGCAGUGCUACCCCCUGGGCUUGUUAUAAGUAAGAAGCAGGGGUUGGCUGAGGGCAGAGGAAAUGCCCCAUUGGCCCAAAUCAGUGGUGUCCAAACUUUUUUCAAAGAGGGCCAGAUUUGAUGAAGUGAAGGGCUGUGAGGGCCAACCAAAGGGCCAACCAAAGUUGUUGACCUUUUUAAAAGGAUUUUACCCAUGAAAUAAACUGCCACAGGGGCUGAAUUAAACCGACCAGCGGCCCGGAUUAAGCCCCUGAAAUGGUCUUUGGACAUGCCUGUCCCAAAUGGACCAGCCUCCACUGCAUUAAUUCCUGCUAAUUCCAGUUUUCUUUGUCCUGGAUAUGAAUGAUGUGAACCGCCCUGAGAUCCAUGGAUGGAAGGCAGUAUACUAAAUGAGUGAGUGAGAGUGAGUGAGUAAGUAAGUAUGUAAGUAAGUAAGUAAGUACUGCUCUCUCACCCUUUCCCCUUUUUCCUUUUUACAUUUAGAGAAAGACAGCUUUUUCUCUCUACAGUUUCUAUUUUAGAAGCAUGAACGUAAUCCCACUGAAAUCAGCUGUUGCAUGCAUGAAAUUUUGGGUGUAGCAUUGAAGUUGUAUGUAGUUACAGUGCUGCUGGGUUUCUGGAUUGCUGUACAAAUAUGAGCACGUCAAUACAGCAGUUUGAAACGAAGUAGCACCCAACAAAAAUUUUAAGAUCCUUGUGUUGUUUCUUCUGCUUUUAAGGGCAUACAGUGGUACCUCGAGUUAAGAACUUAAUUUGUUCUGGAGGUCCGUUCUUAACCUGAAACAGUUCUUAACCUGAGGUACCACUUUAGCUAAUGGGGCCUCCCACUGCCGCCGCCAUGCGAUUUCUGUUCUCAUCCUGAAGCAAAGUUCUUAACCCGAGGUAUUAUUUCCGGGUUAGCAGAGUCUGUAACCUGAAGCGUCUGUAACCUGAGGUACCACUGUAUACACAAAUUAUAUCCUCUUGUUCCUCUUUAAGUAAUCUCAGUGAAUUAUUGGCUGUGGCUCCAAACUCUCAAUCACUGGUAUAUAUCAGAUCCUCCAUUCCUCUUACAGAGUUGAAACAGAGAUUCUAGUCCCCUUUUUAUGACCCUCUGGCAGGUAGCACAUUCUGCCUCUCUCAUCUGCUCCAAGAGCUGGAAAAAGCUGGGCUGUGGCCUUCCAGACCCGGUAUUGCCUUCAUACUCUUUGCACUUAAGUGUUGGUGUAACGUCCCAGGGUUGCAUAGUGAGGCUUGAGUUACAGGACCUUGGCUAGUUCUAAGCAGUCAACUUGCUCAGACAAGUCUGGAGAUCAAGGGAGACCUGUUAUCCCUCUUGACCCAGGCUACUCCUCCAAGACUCUGCUUCGUUGCCAACAAUGGACGGCCUUAAAAAAAGUAGUCCUCUGGCUUAGAGCCUAGCACUCUGUCACCUUUCAGUCAGUGCCUUCCUUGUGCCUGCUGGGAUGGGGCGCAGGCACUGAGGAGCCUGAGGGUGUAGAAAGAAUCUGUCGUAGGGGAGUUCUCAGUUCAGAGGUCUCUGACUUCAAGGGGCUGUGGCUUGCUCCACUGGUUCUCUUCAUCCAGUGGGCUUUUCUUUUGUGCUAGAGUCCUGGCUGCUGCUUGAGAGUGAAGCCUUGACAGCUGAUGGCAGCUGAUCAAGGAAAUGUGGCCUUCUGAAGAAUUCACAGGCUGUGACAGUGUUUCUUACGUGGAGCUUUCUCUAUCUUAUUUGGAGAAAUUUCAGCGUAAUCCUGGGGUGAGUAUGAUUUAGUCAUCCUCCGCUGCUUGAGAGGGAGAGUUUGGAAAUGCCUUCUAGUUCAGUGGCUCUGAGGAUCUGUCGGAUUGAUUUCUUUGCAUAAAUAUUAAAGAACAGAAGGCCAGAGUUACAGCGGGGCUCUUUAGGGAUCUAUCCUUUUGAAAGAAUAGGUGAUAAGGAAUGUGGAGGAAUAAAGAUAGCAGAAAGCCACAGGGAAACCUCAUGGUCUUUCCAUUCAGUACACAAGAAGUGCCAGAGGGUCCCCUCUUCAUUUGGGUCCCCUUUGGGUAUUCUUUCGAUUAUCAUAGCUGGCUUCCUGUAGUCUUAAGAUGCAAUGCACCAAGCACUGCUCCACACAGCUCUCUUUCCUUUCAGAAAGGUUUGCGCAGGAACUGUAAUAAAUAGAUUACACAUUCCACCCCCACCCCCAGUCUUCCUCGGGUCCUUGUACAUAUUGCACAGCCUAGUUAUAUCCUGUUAUCGAGAUUUAUGAGCAGAGAUAUACUAACAAUUCCUUCAGUUGAAUGGUGAUGAUGAUAAUAAUAAUAAUAAUAAUAAUAAUAAUAAUACAUAUUUUUAAAAGCAUCUACUAUGCCAUUUUUUGAGUUUUCAUCCAGGUCAUAGGGAACUAAAAUGGACAAAAAGGAACCAGACCCUUCUUGAAUGGAGUGUUGGGUCCUUAGGGAGCCUUACACACGGUCGUGCACACACUGCUACCAACAGUCAUCUGAGCACGGUAACCUACAGUACCCAAACUUGGCUCUGCCGUGAGUACAGCUCAAUCUCUCUACUUAUGCUGGUGUUUAUUACUAUUGAUGGAGCUACUCAACAAGAGAAGUGAUCAUCCCAAUCCUUCAGUCAUUUGUUCUGGAAACAGCCCAAAUGAAACCAAUUGACGCUUGAUUCAGAAAGGCAGAAAGUCACAAAGGGGCGUCUGCCGCAGCAACCAAAAGGUGAGGUUACCUAGAGUUCUUUGAAUUCUACACCAUAGCUAUUUGACAGUGAUGAGUCACAUAUUCACAUGAGUGAUCCAUGCCUUUGGUGGCUAGUCACCAUCUCAUUACCUCAGUUGUUUGUCUGAAUCCACCUGAAGUUGUUGUUUAAAAACACAUUUUGGUGCUUUGAUAUUCGGAGUGACAGUUUGCCUUUCAGGCCACUCUUCCCAAAUAAUCAACAGGCAUAAUCAUCCCAGAGUGAAUUUCUAGGCAGUUAAUCACCUCGACAACUGCAGAGUUGGAAGGGACCAUUGCUGCCCACUAUUUGCCAGUGGCAUUUGCCCCACCCAGGCCAGAUCCUGCUGCUUCUAACAUCCAUUAUCUUUCCGUUACAGAAUAAUCCAGUAUCUCUUCCCUAGCCCACGCUAAACAGGAGGGAGAGAGAGGGAUGGCUGUUCAGCCUUUAUUUAUCACAGGAAGAAGACUGUUUUUCUGGUUGCCAUUACCUUGGCAAUGGCUGUGACUGGUUAUCUGGAGCCAAUUAUUAUGAUGUACCAGAGUAACAAGACUGGUUUAAUUUCAUGCUAAGUUAUUGGCAAACAAAACUGUUCUCUCUGCUUAAAGAAAAAUAAUAUUUAUCUGUCCAGCAUCUAAAAUGGUGCCAUAGAAAGACAAAACCAGAUGAACUCUGUCUGCAGGCAACAUAAAGAGAAAAGUGGGAAGGAACAAAAAGAGAGAGCAAGCAACUGUAGAAACAUCUCUUUAAAAGGCCCUGAAAUCUUCCAUUUCAGCUUGAAUCCUAAAUCAGAAAGAAUCCCCAGGCUUAAGAAUAUGAGGAACAAAAUGAGUCCCAAAAAUUUUGUCUUUGUAGAUAAGGACAAAGCAGUUGUCAGCCAAUCUUUCUGCAAUAUAACCUUAGUAAGGGAACAAAUGAAUUUUGUAGGAAGUUUAUGAUACAGUACUGAAGAAUAUUUUUUCUUGAAGGUUUUCCUACCAUGUUUCAGAAUUCACAUGUUUCCACACCCACAGUGAGGGCAGGAUGGGGAACAUUCAAAAUGGCUAUAGAGUUGUCUAGAAAUCUGGCAAUAUGUCCUACAUUUAUGAUUCUACAGCAGCCAUUCAUGAUUCAAAUGAACCAUGAUUUUAUGUUUGUAUAACUUUUGAAGCUACAAAUCUCACCAGUUGCUCCUUGGCUACCUACGUUGUAACAGGGGAAUAUGAGUGAAAGCUACUUGUUGGGUCUAGAAACUGACAUACCCAGUAGGAAUUGUUGCUCACUAUGGGCUGGUAUCUUGGACUGAUACAGUUGUUAAUGGUAAGAUUUAAGGGCUCCUGUUGGAAAACGCAUGGACCUGAAAACUCCACAUCUUCUUAGUAGGGGCAGUUCUUUCUUUCUGUAUCUGUUCUAUUCCUGCCCUACUGUGCCUCAAGGGACGCUGUGGGUUAAACCACAGGGUGGCGCUGUGGGUUAAACCACAGAGCCUAGCACUUGCUGAUCAGAAGCUCAGCGGUUCAAAUCCCCGUGACGGGGUGAGCUCCCGUUGCUCGGUCCCAGCUCCUGCCAAUCUAGCAGUUCGAAAGCACAUCAAAGUGCAAGUAGAUAAAUAGGUACUGCUCCGGCGGGAAGGUAAACGGCGUUUCUGUGCGCUGCUCUGGUUCGCCAGAAGCGGCUUAGUCAUGCUGGCUACAUGACCCGGAAGCUGUACGCCGGCUCCCUCGGCCCGGAAAGCGAGAUGAGCUCCGCAACCCCACAGUCGGCCAUGACUGGACCUAAUGGUCAGGCGUCCCUUUACCUUUACCUUUACUGUGCCUCAAAGUGAUACCUGGGAGGCAUAUAAAACUAGAGGUGGUGUCAUGAACAUAACCCACAGUGCUCUGGUGUUGCUGUUUGGUUAAUCAAAGCUGUCUAGCUCAUAUUUUUAGUAAGGCCCCCAAUGCUCCCCACCCCCAACUAUUGUAAGCCUCUUGUCAGCAGGUGUGUGUAUGUUUGCAUUUACUUUCUUUGUGUGCUCCUGUCUGUCACAACUAGCAAGAGACUUGUCACACUCCACCCCCCCAGGCCAGUUAGGAAAUAUGUUGUGGGUUCUGUUUUCCUUUCUUUGAAACCCUCAUCCCCUUUUCAAAUGUUAAUCCUGUUGCUAGGGAGAAGUUAUACUAGACAUGACAUCAUUCAUGUCUUCCCAAGCCAUUCCUCUUGUGGCCAUCCAGGGCUGUGACUUGUUCCAUUCCCAAGGGGAGCUGGUACCCUUUGCAAAUAGUGUUUGGUGUGUGUUUUGCAUUAAACUGCAGCGUUUGGAAAUUCUGAAGAAGCAGAUUUCCAGUUCCUGUUACAGUUAGAACAUCCAUCUGGUUUUCUUAGCAGUAAAUAUUCUUAGCAGUAAACCAACUCUGGUUUUCUUAGCAGUAAAUAUAUUCUUCUGUUUUAAUUGCAAUACUAUGCAAUGCUGUCUAAAGCAUAUCCCUGUUAUCAGAUCUGUGCUUUAAGCUGCUGGUAAACAGAUACUCUAAAUACUUCUUUUUCUUUUUUUUCUUCUUUUUUUAAGACAAAUGUGUAGCAUCUCCACUGACUGGAAACUUGUAGGUUUCCUCAACUCAUCCCCCCCUUCAAAAUGUCCUAAAUCUCUAGAGAUCAAAUUUAACAACAUUAUAUAUUCAGCCAACAAACUUCAUCGAGUACAGAACGUUAAUUUUACAUGCUGUAUAAAUAUCUCAAGAGUUUUCUAAUGGCAAAGAGCAUUUAAGUAAUGGAGUAGAGAGGGAAAUUAAUGGAGAAUUCUGCUUAGUGUUGUUUAAAUGUUGUAUUUAAAUGAAUUCAAAGCUUUAAAUUUGUUUCUGUUAGAAUUUUUUUAAGAAUACAAGUAAAUAUUUCCAAGAAAGAUGUAAAGUUAUUUUUGUAUGCCACAACUGCUGCUCGAUUUUAAUAGCCAAGAAAUGGAAAACACAGGAAUUACCAACGGUGGAAGAAUGGCAGAUGAAGAUGAUGGAAUUUAUGGAGCUAGCUGACCUCACUGGAAGAAUCCGCGACCAGAAAGAAGAGGAACAUCAAGAAGAUUGGAAGAAAUUUAAAGACUAUCUGAAUAAAUAUUGUAAUAUUAAAAAUUAGAAGAUACUUGAAAGUACUAAUCAGGCCUAGGAUUGAAUUAGUAUUUAAUUAAAUAAAUGAGAUUUAGAAUAUUAAGAAAAGUUAAUAAAUUGGACUAUAAUUAGAAUAUUGUUUUGGAAUAAUGAUAUUGGAAAACUGCUACAUUUAGUUACAAGGAAAAUUCAGAUGGAAGGGACCAGAGGAAGUCAAGCAACAUGUUUAUGACGUUGGAUGUUUAACUAAAUAAUCAAUUUGUAUUGUUUAUGUGUUAGUUGUUAUAUUUUUUAUUUGUUGUUAUUUGCUGUACUUGUUUUAUGUUGUUUUUCUUUUUUUCUUUUUUCUUUUUUUAUUCUCUGUUGUAUUUGUUUUUACAAUAUGUGUUACAUUUAUAAGAAACUUAAUAAACAUUAUUGCAAAAAAAAGAGAAUACAAGUAAAUAUUUCAAGACAUUACAGUUUGCUAGCAUGCAGCAAUGUUGAAAUGUCUUGAGUUCCAAAUUGCAUGUACCAGACCCUUUGCGCAGGCAGUUGUAUGUGCAUAGAUUAUUUAGCUAUUGUGGUUGGGUUUUUUUGCACUUAUGCUCCACCUUCCUUCAAGAAACUGAAGGCAGCAUAUGUCGCGACAAAGAUUACAGGAUUCACGAACUACCACAGGUGGCUGGCUGUCAAGUGUGGCUGCUAGAUAGUCACAUGGAAGAAAAAGGGCUCACCACCUGCAUCUCACCUUCCAACCAAGGCUGCAGGAAGCAUUCCAGCUCUGGCCCGUGUGUGGUCCUUUCAACUCUCAGUUAGGCUUCUUGGCUUCACGCGCACCUCACCCUGUAGGACCUUUCUGUUUGCUCCAGGCCAGUGUUGGAGCAACACUCGCUCCUUAACAGUGAACCUUGUGGCCCAUCCUGUUUUUGCAUCCAGCGUUGCAGUCCUGCUAUCCACGAUUCUGACCACUCGCUAUCUCACCCGUACACUAGCCAGUUUGGAACAGGAAACUUAGGAGAUAAUUGGGGCCCCAUACAGGAUUUUCCAUUCUUUGUGACUGGAUGCAGAUCUUGCUGUCUGACCUCUUCUUUCUCUCGCUGUCUAGUGAGCCAGUCAGUACCAAUUAGGUAAUUGAUCCAUCAUAAUAUGAUUCAGCCUGAUUGCCUGUAAUUGAUGCUUCCUGCAAGCAUUUUUGAGCCAGGCCCCUAAUGAAAGCAAAUAUAGGAUCUUCCUGUUCUUAAUAUCAGAGUUCAAGCAAGAAAUGUAGGAACCAAUUAGAUCAUCCAAAUGGACAUUCAUGGCUUGAUAUUUUAAAUGUGCCUUUAAAAAACCACACAUAAGUCUAGCAUUAAUAUGAAGGGAGAUAAUCUGUCACUUUCAACAUAGCAUAUAUACAUCCUUUAGCUAGCAGCUGGGUCUCUACUAACACGGCCGACUGCUGCAACCUCCCUCCUCCCCUUGGUAAUCUGUAUAGCCGGUAGCCAUAAGGGACAAUUCUCUGAAACUCACUAGAGGGAAGUGAAAAGGGUUGGUGGCUAUAAUAGUCUGAUAAAUGUUCUGGAAAGCAUGCUCAUUCAGAUGGAAGAACCAAUCCUACCACUAAAUGGUGCUGCAGUUUGGCUCCAGGCUGCUAGCAUCUGCGUAUUAGUGCUGUUCAUUCAUCCUGAUGUUCUUCAAAAAGAGGUCUGGGCUAGAGCUCACUGGGGGUUUGAUCUAAUGCUUGCUAGCCCUUGUUGCUCACGGUUACAUAGAUUUUAGGUUCUUCUGUCUGAGGCUCAGACAACGAUCGAGACAAAUGUUGAGGGAGUUCCUUCUCCCCUUCAGCCCUACCCACCCGCCUCCCAGUUCCUUCCUACUAUUAAACACAAUUGAAUUCUUUUAUACCAUUAAUUCCCCCCAUAAAAUGUUGUGGCACUUCUUUAUACAGAUAAACGUAAGGCCCCCUCUAGCAUUUUCUAGUCCCGGAUUUAACUGUCGAUUGUAAAACUCUGUCCUUUAGGAAUACUUUAAGGGCAUGAGAGUUUAUGAGAAAGUUGUUGGAACACUGAAGAUAAUUAUAUGUUUUUCUACAACCUAAACCAACAUUUCCAUUUCUAAAUCCUAGUCUGGAAACCACUAGCGUCCACUGUAAAGUAGUUCUCUAGCCCUAAAACCUUGUGGCAUUUCAACACUACUGUUGUUGGUGUUUUUAUUUUUGGACCUCUUUUGUCCAUGAAGGAUGACUUCCUCUGGGCAAUUACUUUGGUUUACCAGAUUUUAUGCCUUGACCUUCUGUAGAUUGUCUUGCACAAAGAGCCUGAUUCUAGGCUCUGGGGCCCAAUUCAAGCUUUGCAUCUUGCUGCCAAAAGGCUUCUCACACACUAUAAUGGUCGCAUAUGCAAUCAAGCUGAGUUGAAGGUGAGAUUUGUAUUUACAGUGGUGCCCCGCAAGACGAAUGCCUCGCAAGACGGAAAACUCGCUAGACGAAAGAGUUUUCCGUUUUGGAGGUGCUUCACAAAACGAAUCUCCUAUGGGCUUGCUUCGCAAGACGAAAAUGUCUUGCGAGUUCCUGCGUUUUUUUUUUCCUUUCCCCCCCUUUUUCUAAGCCGCUAAGCCGCUUAUCUGCUUAUCCGAUAAGCUGAUAAGCCGCUAAAAGCCGCUAAUAGCGCUAAUCCGCUAAUCCGUCGAAACGAAAAAACCGCUAGACGAAGAGACUCACAGAACGGAUUCUUUUCGUCUUGCGAGGCACCACUGUAUAUAUAAUGCACAUGUAUUUUUGUUGAGGUGUAAACUGCACAGAGACAUCUCAAAACACAAUUGCAUGCUGCUCCAGCACAGGCCGUGCUCUCCCAUUUGGGAAAAGCUUUUUGGUGGUGCGCAUGCCAGAGCGUGCAGCACCCUUUAAGCCUAACAGGGCUCAUCUCAUGGUUAAUACUGUCCCUACCUGGAAGUAACUUCUCUUUUAUUUUGAAAAUAUAGCCAACAAUAAAUAAGAAGACAGUACAGAAUACAACAAUCAGUGCAGGGUGUUGUUGCUUUCUGAGGUGGGAGGGAAUGGGAGAAGGGUUGCCUUGGGAAAUACAUUCCCGCAAGGCCUCCCUCCCUGAAUGUGCACAGUUCACCCACCUUGAUCUGCUCCUUUGUUUGCUUCUCCCUCUGGGCCCAGCCUGCACUUGCUCCUAGCGGGGGAGGACAAGACACGUGGAGCUUAGUGCCUCUCCUUGCUCAUCUCACUGCUUGCUCUUUGAGAGAGGGCAAGGAAACAGGCAGCGACAGCAGGGCAAGAAGGCUGACGGGAUUGGCAGUGGGCCCUUGCUGGGCAGCGAGCCUUGGCAAGUGCCCAGUAAUGCUGAACCCCUGACCCCAGCCACGGUGAUAAUAAUAGAUAGAUCACAAUGGCAGAAGCUGAUCUGCUGCAGCUUGUUCUGAAUACUAAAAUCCAUGAGCUGACAAUGCGAGGGGCUGUUUAGUCUGAUAGUUUAUGGAAUAUUAAUAUUAACUUUCUGAAAUAGGUUUAUUUCUUUUGUUAUCCUGCUUUCUAAAAUAGCUACCUCUGUUUAGGAAAGCGCUUCAGAUAAUAACUUUCAUAUUAUGCUGCUCUCAGCAAUAUCCGACUACCUACAUACAAGUUUCCACAGCUUCCUACUUGCAUAGCACUUCCAUUUCACCAUUGAGUAACAUGUGAGAGGCAGUUUUUUGUACAUCUCCGGCAUAACUCCAUUUUGAUGUAUCCUGCAUACUAACUCAUUCAUAGAACAUGAAGGUAGAAUUCAACGUAGCACUAGGGGUGUGUGUGUGUGUGUGUGUGUGUACAGAAUAAAAUCAACAGGACCCCUCCUUUCCUCCCCCUCAUGUGCCCCCUAAACUUAUUAUGGGUUCUAUCUCCCUCCAGAGCAUAUUUAGGGAGUGGGUGGCUUGCAGCAAGAGAGAGGAGGGAGAAAGCCAAUUAUGUGAGUGGACCUUGUUCCAUGCACACAACUUGGUUGAAUUCCACACUAGGUCCUUCUGUAGCCGUUUAAAAACAAGGUGGAUGUAUCUGGCACUGGGCCGAAAAGCUCACACAUGCACCUCUUAACAGAACUGUUUCUGUCAUGUGGAAAGGUGGUUCUGCUACUUCCACAAGGGUAGAGGUGAAAAUGCAUUUUGAAGGCAGGGGUGGUGGUGUUUUUCUAUAUAAUACUGGGUGGAAGAGGGUUUUCUCAUGUUUCUCCCUUCCUUUUAAACAAACAAGGAACAAGGUUAUACAGUGGUGUCCAAACUUUGUUUAAAGAGGGCCAGAUUUGAUGAAGUGAAGGGCUGUGAGGGCUGACCAAAGUUGUUGACCUUUUUUUAGGAUUGAAGUUGUUGAGCUUUCUUUAUAUUUUAGGAUUUUACCCUAGGAAAUAAACAAUAAACCGGAUUAGGCCCUCGAAACGGAUUUUGGACAUGCCUGGCUUAGGUCCUGUUCAAUAGGACUGUACUAAACAUGACUAAGUCUGGAUCCAGCUCCCUUUAUAGAUCUACCCCCUGAAACUACAAAGAAAAUCUGUGUUUUAUACCGCUUAUGUUUAAUUAAUUCACAUACCUUUGUAGGCCAGCAUGCGUCCGGGUCUCUCUUAAUUUUUUAUGUUUUGUCUCAUCCCUUAGGUUUCGUCACAGCCCAAAUUGCUUUUACUUGAGAGACUGGAUCAUCCACAGCUGGAUCAGGCAAUGCCUGAAGUUUGGGGCACAGGAUAAAGCUUUGUACACUUUGCAAAAUAAGGUGAUGCUUGAACAAGACAUUUUUGAAAUGUUGUUAAACGUACAUAGUUAGCUACAUCUGAAACCUUUCUGUGAAUGUGUCUCCUGUUCAGAAGACUGUAUUCUUUGUUUACGAUAAAAGUGUGGAAUUUUAGAUAAACUUCAUGCAAUCUCUGCUGUUUCCUUUUUGUAGUGGAGCUGACCAGCCAAAUUUAAACAAGUACCAGCUAUUUCAGAGUGCGGAUGGGGAGUUAAGCCCAUGCUUAUAUAUAUAUAUAUAUAUAGAUCUCCUGCUGGAAUCAGUCAGACCUGAAAAUGUUCUUUAUUGUCUGGCUUGUGCCCACCGCUUAUUUUAAAGUUCUGUGUUGAAUGAAUUAUUUAAUUUAUUUGGAGUAUGGUAUUGUGGAACCUGCUGGAAGCCUUGUAGGCAGCAUCAGCAAUAUGUUUUCUACCCGACUCAGAAAUGCUUUGAACAGGAGUGGGCAAUAAUUGCCUGUAGAUAUCCAUCUUUGCAUUCCCAGAAGCACAUGAUCCUUGCAGCAUUUAUUGUUUAGCUUUUUGGCUUUUCCUUUUAGCUUAGAUUUUAAGUUGGCAGCGGAUGAUGUCUCCUGCUUUAGUGAUGCAGAGACAUUCUUAUGUCUGCGCACAAAGGAAUUAGGUCUUGUUCCUAAGAGGACCGAAAGACUUGUGGGGAAAAUUAUGCAGGAACCAUCCCCUUAAAAUCUACCGCUUGGCAAGAAACGCAGUGAAGUGACAGUCAUCCCUGAACAAUCUUUGCCUCUGGCAUAGAGUAUAAAGGGCUCUUCCACACUGCACAUCGCUAAAUGUAUGGCUGUGCAAUCUUACGGCAAAUUUUUAACUAUAGGGAACGGUAGAAGAAUGCAUUCAUACAGGUGGAUGGUUGCAUGAAUGCACAAGUUUCCGACUGCUGUUUCUGUGAAGCGUUUUUAAAACCCUGCUCUUCAGCUUUAAAGGCUCCCAGAGCACCUUCCAGAUCAAUGAAAACCAAGACAAAGACUUCGUGAUGGUGAAGAAAAGCUGUGGCAGCAGUAUCAUUGCUGCAUGUAGAGCUCUGUCUUCCUCCUUGUUGAAGGACUACCUUAAGAGCAGAGACGUUGCUGUAAGUCAGCAAAUGUGGCUUUACUAGGUCGCCCCCCCCCCCCCGAAGAACACAGCUCAGAACAAUCCAUGCUACCAGUUUUGAACAUCUGAAGGCCCAAGUGGAUAGGCAGUAAGGGAUGAAUGGCCAGCUACAUGCAGUUGCAGUUUUCUGCUUGCCUGGUCAGUAUUAAGCAGUGGUAUGUUCCAAAGGACAUUCUUUAUCCUACUCCCAUUUCAAGCAGUGAAAGACAAGUAAAAGUGGGAGAUUUACUGGUCCAGGCAUCCCCUUGGCCUUGCCCUACUGUGCUACACAAUCGUAUCAUAGUCUAAAAUGAGAUGAGAUGUAAUAAUAAUAAUAAUAAUUUAUUUGUACCCUGCCCAUCUGGAUGGACUUCCAACAAAGAUUAAAAAUACAUCAAAAUGUAUUGACUGUUGUGCUUUCCGCUUGUUUUUUGCAGGUUCAAUAUGGAAUUAUCCCAGAUUAUUUUACCUUCAAUAUAUUGUUGGAUUCUUUUAUAAAGGAUGAGAAUUAUGAAGGUAAGUAAGCAUAUGUCAGCUGCUGGUCAUCGUGAUCUUCCCUGUUUCUUCAUAUUUAUAUAUGGCCGCCUUUGGACCUCUUUCUGUUCAUCUGAUUUGCCGUGGUUUGCCGAGGAGCCAAAAGAAACCCUGCCUUUCUACUGAGUCAGGACAUUGAUCCUUUCAGCUCAGUAUUUUUGACAUAAUACACACACAUACAAUAAUAAUAAUAAUUUAUUAUUUAUAAUCACUAAUCAGUUACUUCCGGCCACCCAAGGCUUCAAAAGAAUAUUAAAAUACUAUAAUAUAUCAAACAUUAAAAGCUUCUAAAUAGGGCUGUCUGAUAUUUCUAAGCUCCAGUAGUUGCUGUUCUUGACAUCUGGUGAGUAAAGGCCCACAGGAAGGCUGGUCAUCAGAAGGCCUCUGCCUGGUUCUGUAACUUGGUUUCAGAGUGAGGGAACCGCUCAGAAGGCCCCCCAGUGCUGACCUUCAGGUCCGGUAGAACGAAUGGGGUGAGACGCCCUUCUGGAUAGACGUUGGACUGGGCGCUCGCUUAGGGCUUUGGUGCUGUCACACUAGCACUUAAUUGUGCCUUGAAACGACUGGGAGUUACAACAGAACUUUCAAGACCGGUGUUAUGUGGUCCGGUGCCGCUCCUGGUCAUCAGCGUGUCUAGCUGCCGUCUGACCAGUUGUAGCUCUAGGUCACCUUCAAGGUAGCCUCCCUGCAAUGAGAGCGAUUGCAGUAACUAAGGAGACAACCAGAGCAUGCACCACUCUGAGUAGGGGCAGUCCGCAGGCAGAUAGGGUCUCAGCUCGCGACUAGAUGGAGCAAACAGCUGCCUUGACACAGAUUUGACCUGUGCCCCAUGGACAGCUGCAUUCAAAAUGACCCGCCUAGGCUCAUGACUCUGGUCCUUAGCAGAACACCAUCAGGUCAGGAACUCCACACCUGCCCACCUCCUGUCCCCCAAAACAGUACUUCAGUCUUGUCAGGAUCUUAACCCUCAAUCUGUUAGCCGCCAUCCAACCUCCAACCACUUCUAGGCACUCACACAGGACCUUCUACUGUUUCAUCAGUUCUGAUUUGAAAGAGAGGCAGAGCUAAAUACCCGCAUACUGACAAUCUCACCAAAUCCCCUGAUGAUCUCUCCAGUGGCCCAUGUAAAAUGCCAGCAUGGGGAGAGGAUAGAACUAUGCACCCCACAAGUGAGGCCCAGGGUCUGAACACUCAUCCUACCACCACUUUCUGAAUACUGGCCCAGAGGAAGGAGCGAACCACUGUGCAACAGGCCCCAGCUCCCAGCCCCCAAGACGGUCCAGAAGGAUGUUAUGGUCGAGUGCAGUAUCAAAUGCCGCUGAGAGAUCCAGAACUAGAAACAGCUCUCACCUUUGUCCCUAGCCCGCCGGAGAUCAUCAACCAGUGCCACUUUCAAGGCAGUUUCAGUCCCAUGAUGAGGCUCAAAACCCGACUGAAGGAUCCAAAUGGUCUGGGCUUUCUUCCAGGGCGUGUUUGGAGUUGUUCAGCAACCACUGCCUUGGUUCAUCUGUCAAGAAUGGAAGAUUUGAGACUGCGAUAGUUGGCUAUCGUGUGGGCCGCAUCUAAAGAGAUGGUUUUUAAGAAGGUUUAAUAAUCGCUUCUCUUCUAGCGGGUGUGAAGGCUCUCACGGAGGGAAGCAUCUACUCACCCCACGGGCCCAUCGCCCAGUCCUUCCUGCUAGCUUUAUAAGCCAGGAUGGGCAAGUGAUCAAGGAGGUGAAGUGGCUGGCUCACUGCAGCCCAAGCAGCCUGUCCACAUCCUCGGGCAAUAGAUUGGAAUUGAUCCACACAACUUGACCAGACAGGACCCAGCACCUCCCGCCCGGCCCCAGCCCCACGGUGGAGUUCACCUCUCUCGAAUUCAGAUACUGAAUGAUCUUUAAAAAACUGCAAAGUCAUUGCAGGAGAUCAUGCUGCUUACUGGGUCUUGAUGGGACAGGUGGUUCCAUGGCCAUGCACCACCUGAGAGUCUCCUGCCACAGCUUUCCGUAGAUGCACAGAGGCGUGAAGAAAGUCUUUCGCUGCCGCUAUCGCUCACUUGGUAGGUCAAGAUUGAGCUCUAACCUGUCCGGUCAGAUCUAGAAUGGGCUAUUCCGCCACCGGCGCUCUAGCCGCUCCUCUACCGACAUUGUUUCAUUGUUUUCAGAUCGUGAAAACCACGUGGGCUGUCCGGACUCAUAAUCGGAGAGGGCGCUUAGAGCCAAAAACAGUCAAUAGCUCUGUUAACUUCCAGCCCAGCGGGCCACCAGGGAAUCAGCUGAAAGGCCAUCAACAUGAUAAACAUCUCACCACUCUCUGGAAACCAUUUGGAUUCACAAGGGCGGGGCGGACCAUCUGAAUCGGUCCCGCCUCCCUGCAGAGGGGAAGGGUCACGGAGAAGUCCAGUUGCACCAGGAAGUGAUCUGACCAUGGCACUGACAUCAACUGGCACCAGCAUUUCCAGCAAGAUUCUUUUCUCAACCCCAGUGCCAGUCAUGAGCCAGAGAUCUUUUGCAUGCCUAGUGCAUCUUCUACUACUAACCCUCUGUAGCCCUUCUGCAAGAGAGGAGGUAAAAAUCAAGGGGGGGGGUAUUAAUGUAAUCAAAUCACCCAGUGCAUUUCAACAUGGGUUGACUGAGAGUUCCUCUGUAUCAACAUUAUUUUCCAAAGUUUUUUAGCUGACACGGCCUCCUAAUGGAAAGUGCCAUCCUUUCCUUAAGCACCUCUAAAGCCACUCAGGAAAUAAUUCCAGAUGGUACAUCAUUCAAGAAUUUGUGCAUUGUUGCUCGUAUCGAGAUGCUGUGCGCUCCAGCAAACUUAGGGCUUGUUGUCAAGAGACCUUGCCUUAAGCCCCUGAAUUCAUUUUGGAGUUAGCUUUGUUGACACAGUCCAUGAAGUAUUCUUUGCUUAGGGUGUUUGUGAGUUUAAAGUCCUUACGUGUAAAGUACCAUGACUCUUAUCCUCUCUCACUCCCAUUUUAAUUUUAAGGAAGGUCUCCUGGCACAGAGCGGAACUGUUGCAUAGAUAAGAUACACCAGCUUUGUGACUGCUUCCAAAUGUUUUCCUUAUGUGCCUCCCGGUUCUGCAAAAGGCAGAUGUGUUCUUCUUCUGAUGCUGCAUUUUUUUGCACAUCAAGAUUCGGGUGUAAAAGAGGAAAGCACACUCAUGUCUUUUGAAACUAAUGUGGGAAGAAGAGUCUUGGCAAACCACGCCUUUAAUUUUUAAAUGUUUUGUUUAUUGUUAGAUGCGAUGGCUGUGGUCACUGAGAUAAUGAUACAGGAAAGUUUUGACGAAGUUUCUACACAACUUCUCUCACUCUACGUGAUGUACAAGUAUUUGACAACCAAAUCAGAACUUACGGUAAGCUGUGGCUGAGAUGGUAAGAUACAUGAAGGGAUACAUGCUCCAUUCAUCUGACUAGCAGCUUCCAUUACAGAAGAGUCAACUUGGGCCAGCUUGUAUCAGAGAAUAUAUUUUGCAUGGUGGUGAAAACCAAGCACCAGAUGUGACAGAAAAUGUAACAGCAAUGUUUGCUAUUUUCAGUGGGAGGAAGAGAGGAAUCUCGGAGCGUCCCUCUUCUUGGCAGGCCUGAAGCAGACCAACACGGUGGGAUUCAGUUCCCAGCUGUAUGGCUUAGCACUUCUCGGUAAGUUAUAUAGUGUUUCAUUACAAGCACUUUACCGUGCUGCUUUAUUGGUUGAUUAAAAGUAGCUGGAUUAGUGAGAUUCUUCGAUUUAAAUUCUAAUACAGUGGUAAUAAUAAUAAUAAUAAUAAUAAUAAUAAUUUAUUAUUUAUACCCUGCCCAUCUGGCUGGGUUUCCCCAGCCACUCUGGGCGGCUUCCAUAGAAACCAAAAAUACACUAAAAUAUCACACAUUAAAAACUUCCCUGAACAGGGCUGCCUUAAGAUGUCUUCUGAAUGUCAGGUAGUUGUUUAUCGCUUUGACAUCUGAUGGGAGGGCGUUCCACAGGGCGGGCGCCACUACCGAGAAGGCCCUCUGGUACCUCAGGCUAAGAACUUAAUUUGUUCUGGAGGUCCGUUCUUAACCUGAAGCACCACUUUAGCUGUUGGGGCCUCCUGCUGCCACUGCACGAUUUCUGUUCUCAUCCUGAAGCAAAGUUCUUAACCCGAGGUACUAUUUCUGGGUUAGCGGAGUCUGUAACCUGAAGCGUAUGUAACCUGAGGUACCACUGUAUAGCCUUUGACGGGUUGCAAAAUUAGAACUAAAUCAAGUUUUGUGUUUUGGCAUGCAGUCCAAAUAAAUCAUAGAUGUGUGAGGUUCAAAAAUCAACUGGAUGUUGUUGUUGUUGCUUUAAAUUCAUGCUGAAUGCAUGAAAAUCCCAGUUGGUUGAAUCAUAGAAUUGUAGAGUCAGAAGGGACCACGAUAGGGACUGUCUAGUCCAACCCCCUGGAAUGUGGGAAUCUUCUGCCCAACGUGGUGCUUGAACUCACGGCACUGAGAUUAAGGGUCUUAUGCUCUGCCAACUGAGCUUUGUAUGUAUGAACCCUGCUUCCUGCCAAGUUCUCUCUCUCUCUACUCCCACCCUUUAUCCCCAAGCUGGGGAGCAGGCAGGAAUACCUACCUUGGAAAAAGAGUAAAGGGUAACAAGUGAUGGAUGGCUCACUUCAACACAAAACAGGGCCUACAAGGCUACUGCAAGUAGUGUACAGGGUGCCAUUUUCUACUGGGUAUGCAGUUAGUAAGAACAUAAGGAAAGACUAGUCCAGCAUCUUGCCUCCCACAGUAGCCAAAAAGAUGCCAUGGAAAGCCCACAAGCAGGAUCUGAGCAUCGCUCCCCUUUUUGGUGCUCCCCAUAAACUGAUAUUCAUAGAUAUACUGAUGCCUCUGAUACCAAAGGUCGCUUAUUUAUUCCUCAUGCUCAGCUCAGAGGUUGCUAAAAACAGUCAUCAUAAAAAUGCACAAGUAAACAUAACAGUAAAAUAAAACAUUGGAUAUAGUAUUAACAGACAGUGAUAUGGCAGAGUAAUUCUGAUUUUGUCCAGAGGCCAGAUGAAAUAAAUGUGUUUUAAGUUGUUACUUGAACAACAACAACAAUUUAUUAUUUAUACCCCACCCAUCUGGCUGAGUUUCCCCAGCCACUCUGGGCAGCUCCCAAUCGAGUGUUAAAAACAGUACAGCAUUAAAUAUUAAAAACUUCCCUGAACAGGGCUGCCUUCAGAUGUCUUUUAAAAAUAGGAUAGCUGCUUAUUUCCUUGACAUCUGAUAGGAGGGCAUUCCACAGGGCGGGCACCACUACCGAGAAGGCCCUGCCAUAUGAGCAGCCCCAUAGACCAUGUCCAUUGAGGGAACCAUGAGCAAGGCCACCUAGUAUGGAGUGUGGGUGAGUGGGUGUUUGUGUAAUUAUCCUUUAAGUCAUGGGUAGUCAAACCAAGGCCCGGGGGCCGGAUCUAGCCCAAUCGCCUUCUAAAUCCGCCCUGCGGCAGUCCAGGAAUUAGCCUGUUUUUACAUGAGUAGAAUGUGUGCUUUUAUUUAAAAUGCAUCUCUGAGUUAUUUGUGGGGCAUAGGAAUUCGUUCAUUAUUUUUUUCAAAAUAUAGUCCGGCCUCCCCACAAGAUCUGAGGGACAGUGAACCGGCCUCCUGCUGAAAAAGUUUGCUGACCCCUGCAAAGUUUAAGUACUUGAGUCCUUAACUAGGACUAGUUGGGUUGUCUGUUUUUGUUUCUAUUAUGUAUUUUCUGUUUUUUAUACAGUGGUACCUCGGGUUAAGUACUUCAUUUGUUCCGGAGGUCCGUUCUUAACCUGAAACUGUUCUUAACCUAAAGCACCACUUUAGCUAAUGAGGCCUCCCGCUGCUGCCGCGCCACCGGAGCACAAUUUCUGUUCUCAUCCUGAAGCAAAGUUCUUAACCCGAGGUACUAUUUCUGGGUUAGCGGAGUCUGUAACCUGAAGUGUAUGUAACCUGAAGCAUAUGUAACCCGAGGUACCACUGUAUUGUGAUUUUAUGCUGUGAACUGCCCUGAGAUCAACAGGUGUAGGACGAUAUACAACAUCAAUAAAAAAUAGUAGUCCUUGAUAGCUGUAUCCUCUAUUAAUUUGUCAAAUCCCCUUUUAAAGACAUCAAAGUUGGUGGCUAUUGCUACAUAUUGUGACUUCCAGUUGUGCUGUGAAGAAGUCCUUCCUUUUGCAGUUUUCAAACUACAAGCACCAUGAUCCCUAGCAGUAGAUGAAGCUCUAGGCAUCAUUUGCAUCUAAGAUGAGUCCUUGUGAGGUUUCUUCUGUAUCAGACUAAGACCCUUUAUUCCUUAAGAAGGGUGGAAGAGCAGAGCACCAGCAGAGGGUUGGUGUGGUGUUUAUUUUGAGUUGGGCCAAGCUUGAAGGAGACAGGACCCAGCUCAGAAUGGGACCAGAUUUUUCAGGUUGUGGUGCAUUUUGAAUUCACACCUUUAAAAACUUUUUCUAUGCCUAAAAUAAAGAAUUGUUUUCCAUAUUUUCCUAAUCACCAGAAUACCAAUAGCAGAUAUAAGAAGCUAUAUAUAUUGACCUGGAAGGAAAGGGAAGGGUGUCAACUCAAGAGCAACUCUUCAUCCUGUCUCCCCACAUGAUUCCAUAAACCCACUGAAAUUCCACACCUUUGGGGAGGUGGGAUUAAUUUUGAGGCCACAGUGUCUGAAGUCCCCUGUUUCAACACCCUUCCUACGUUGUAUUAUGAUUUUAUUUCAUACAAGGUUAAAAGUCCAUGAAAGUUUUGCCCUUCUCCAUUCCUAGCUGUUAAUGGCAUGUUUACCCUUAGGUGCAAUACAGUUUUAGUAAAAAAAACAACGUUGGAUAGUUGCUCUCUCUCUAAGUUUCACAGCUUGUUAACAAUGAUAAUAAUGCCCGUGACAGGUCAGGAGGAGGGCGCUGAUUCUGAUUUUACCUGACUUUAAGACAAAACUGCAGAUGCAGUAGGAACCAAGAUGAAAACUGCCGCAAAUUGGCAGAACUGUUGGUUUGCUUUUCGCUUGAGCUAUUGACAGAUAAAUGCAUUCCUCCUCUCUUUGGUUACUGCAGACGUAUGUAUGUAUGUAUGUAUGUAUGUAUGUAUAUUUAAAUAUAGCCCAAAUAAUAUGGGAAGGCCUUGCACUUAGCAAAUCAUUUUACUGUUGUGUGCUAGUGACCCUGCUGACAUUGAGAUUCAGAAGAUCAAAAGCUAUUUUCUGCUUUGUCACAUAUUCUGCAGUCUUGCCAGCUCUAAUGGACUAGACCUCUGCAAAGAGUGAAAGAUGUCUGUGGGCAUAGACUGGCCUGGAGCACCUUAGCAGUUUAUAUUUAGCCAUCGCCCAAUGAGCGUUUGUUUGCACACACGUUCCUGUGCUUCUCUGUGGCUUCCCUGUUUGGGGAAGAGAGAUGAAGGUGUGUCACAGUGGUUUUCAUUGUUAGAUGUACCUUUGUGAUUAGCAUAGACAGUUAAAGGUGAUAGAAACUCCAGUAAGAGAAGCAAGGCCACAUCUGAAAUGUUUAACAUCAAUGAUUGGGUUUCACCAGAAAGACAACAGCAAGGGGUGGAUCCUGCUAAUAAAUAAUUUUAGGUUAGCCAUUGCUCAGGUUUUAAUCCACACAUAGUUUAGGAUUACUUGAAGUGUUACAAUUUUCAUACGAAGAAAAGGUCUUUCAAAAUAGAAAAACAGAUAUGUGUCUGAAGACAUCUGUGUAACUUCCUGCGCUUGGGAAAACAGUAAUAUGUGUUGCAGCCCUUGGUGCUAUGAGUAUACAAUAAUCAAGGAAACCAAAUAUUGUCUCUAGGUAAUAAAGGACACUAAUAUGUCAUGUGCAAGUUAAGUCUAACACUAUCCUCCAACUCCUCUCACUGUACACAAAAUAGUGUGAAUAUUUUGAACAUUGUUUGGCUCUUUCCAAGUUCAGGAAACUUACAGAUAUGAUCAAGCAGAGCAGGAGACUAAGGAUUCCCACUCCUCCUCCAUGUGAGGUAGUUCUUGAGAUCUACCUGACCCUCACGAGGGGGUUUUGUUGUAUGUUUGGGAGGAAUAAUGUGGCAAGAAAGAGACAGGAAGACCCCAUUGUUGCUUUUUUGACUGACUUCUACUCUUUUCCAGGUACAAACAAUGACUAUUUGAGGCCAAACUGAGGUGGGAAUGGAAGCAGAGGUUUAACUCUUUCCUCCCACACCAUUGUCCUGACAAAACUCUUCCCUUGGUGCUAUGUUAAUAGCAAACAAGUAGAGAUUUUCAUCAGGACCCCAGCAGGGGAGAAAAUAAUUAAGUUUUCUCUUCCAACAUGCUGUAGCCCCAGUGAAAACCAAGGCGCCCUGGAUUUGCUGUCCAAGUAAAGACACUGACAUGAUUCACAGUGAUGUGUUUAGCAUCUCGUCUACUUUGAGUACAGGAAAGAUGCUUCCAAUUUUAACGGUUCUUUCUACUUUAAAUAAUGCAGUAACACUCACAGUGUCUGUUUUAAUAAUAACAGGAAAAGUGGAGCUGCACAAGGGGCUACGAGCUGUGUACCACAAAAUGCCGCUCAUGUGGACCCCCGGGUACCUGAACAGAGCCUUGCAAGUGAUGGAGAAAGUGACGUUGCUUCCUGAUGAUACAAAGCUCUGCAAGGAAGCUGUAAGUGGAGAACUGUUGUUUUACAAAGCAGGGCCUUGUGCAUUUUUGAGAAGAGAGCCGAAGGGUUUUCAAAGGAGACCAGCAGCCUGGUGGCUACUGCUGUUCGCCCUGAAGUUUUGUGUUGCUCAUAUUUCUGUUGAACUGAUUGCAUUCAGUGGCAUUUUUCUUCACCUUGAGGAGGAACAUCCUUUCCAAACGACAAGAGAGGCAUACCUAGAAAGGGCAACUUUUCACUUUUCAGCUUCUGCUUCUGACUUGGAGGGUGCCAAAGAGGCAAAGUGCCUGGCAGAGUUUCCUUUUCACCCUCUGCUCCUCAUGUAGUGGGGAGAAUAAAUGGGGUAUUCUGGACUCAAGUCAAAACACAGUGUAGAUUAUUUAUUUAUACUGUUGCUAAGCUGUUUACAAAUAAAUAAAAAAUACAAAACAUAUAAACACACCCAUAAAACAAUUCAAUCAAAGCAUUAAAAUAAACAGCCAUAGUUGAAAUGUACAGUAAAGCAACCCUGCUGAAAGAGUUAAAACAGCAAAUAAAGCAGGACGUUCAAAUCAGGGCAUCAGGGGAAUGCUUGUCUAAACAAGUUUGUCUUUAGGAGCCCGUGGAAUGCCCAUGCUGAUGGGGCCUCUCGUAUUUCAGCAGGGAGAGUAAAGUUAAUAGAGAAAGAUUUCCCCUUCCAACUUCUCUAGAGUUGUAUGAAAUAAUCAUUUCUCCUGUUGGCAUGCAUGGGUGGGGAACCUCUUUCAGUCAGGGCCGCGUUGCUUUUUGGGCAUCCUGCAUGCCAGUGAUGAUCAAAGCCAGAGGCAAGAGUGGGCAGAGAUUGGCAUGCAACUCUUAACUUUGUGCAGUAGGAAACAUGCCAGCCAUGUACACACACAAACCCAGUCAAGCAAAAGGCAUUGUCGCAGACCAAGGGCACAUUCCAGCCAAGUGAAACCACUGAAGGGUGUGCAGAAGGGCUGGAGACGAGUAUGGACUUGGCAUGGCCCAGGAGAGUCCUGGAGAACCACAUCCAUCAUACUCCUCACAUGGCCUCAUUGAGUGACCUUGGAUGUGGCAUUGACACAAAGGGAACAGGAGCUACUAGUGCCUUGCAAGCUUCCUAUUCUUCUACAUUUCUGCCUUGUCUAAAAUACAGCUUUUGCCCUGCCCCCCAGGUGGCUUCCAUUGCAGAGUCGCCUCACCCCAUCCCAUCCAGGCCUACCUUUCUCUCCUGUCCAUUAUCAAAGAGAGGGAGCCAAUAGAUGAAUCCACUGAAAAUCAAAUGGAACACAAUGAGCUCAUGAUGCAUUUCAGCAAAACAGGAAUUGAGAUACUAGCUGACUUUAUAUAAGUGUACAAUAAUCUCUUUCAAUAUACAUGUAAUAAUUGUGGAAUAUCAGUAAGAGCCUAUGUGACCUGUCCAGAGCCAAUCAUAAAAUCAAUAGUAAUUCCAGAAAGGCUGGGCUUAAUCAACUCACUAAAGGCUGGGCUCACUAACUUUGGCCACCGUGCAGGCACUUCAAAAGAAAAACAAGACUCGCCAUUAAUUUCCCAGGGUUUCAUUUCAUAGCAAUGGUAAAAAUAAUUCACUGCUGAUGCUAUCAAAUUAUGUUUUUUGUUUGUGCCUUUAUGGUUUUAAAAUUUAUGCAUUCCGUCUACAGUAGACCGUCUCGGAGACCCUGAUCCAUUUUUCUGCAGUAGGACCUGGAGAAAAAAAUGUGCAGCCUUAAUAAGACAGGAAAGUCUUGAAUUUGAAAAUCAGUGAAUUAUAGUAUUGUCUGCUUGGCCUUCUGUUUAUGACCCUCUAGCAUUGUUGCUCUUGUGUGAUCAAAUUUGAUCCAUAAAGGUUAGAAAUGCCCCUCCUUUAUUAAACUAAUAGGUGGUAUUCUCAGGAAUUUUAACAAGAAUCCAGAAGCUGCAUAAAAAGGCCCACAGGAGCAGUAUAUUGACCAUCCCUGUAAUUUAGGCAACAAUGAUGCCCUUCAGUUUUUCUAAACAGCACUUAUUAUCUUUUUCUUAUUUCUGUUGCAAAGAUUGAUGUUCUGGCAGCCACUUUGCAGCCCAUCCCUGUGACAGAAGUUUCCCCAGAGGACACCAAGGACUCAGAAGAAACACCGAAGCAAGUGCAAUCGGAAGAAGCAGAGAUGUCACGACUGCCUGAGUACUUGAACCGAUUUGGGGUAUGCAGCUUCUCAGCUUCCCCUCUUCCCAGCUGGCUUUAAUUAGCGUUAUUGUCUGUAGCAAAAAGGAAAAGAGUACACCUUCGUUUUUCUUUAUUCUGUGACACUAAGGCUCCAUUGGUGUCCCACCGGGAAUGCUAUUGGGGCUUUUGGAUGCUGACAUUGAAUUCAUAGAGUUAUAGAACUGCCAAGUUGGAAGGGACCACCAGGGUCAUCUAGUCCACCCCCCACCCCCCGCCAUGCAGGAAUCUUUCGAUCAAUGUGGGGCUCAAACCCAUGACCCAGAAAUUAAGAGUCUCAUGUUCUACCAACUGAGCUAUCUUCUUACUACUUCAAACUGGGAAUUGCCUUUCUAAAAGGUGUCCCUUGUCUGCUGCCUGGCUGCAGGGAUGUUAUUUUUGCAUUUCAUACAUCAGACUUGGUAAGCCGAACUCCUGCUAACUAAAAUGGAGUGUCACUCCUGAUGAGUUGUUUGGUCUUCCACUAUCUCUGGCAUCUAAGGGCACAGUUUAGAUGCAUUCCCCUCUUUGGGUCAAUGCAGGUUUAAUAGGUCUUUCCCCCUUACGCAGCCUGCUAACGACUGUAAGAAAGUGGUCGCAAUUUUGGUCCUGUGUUUAGUUCUAAGAAGGUCCACUAAACGAGUAAAUGAGAUGGUUUGCCUGGGGUUUUUGUUUCGUUUUGAGGCCCAGCCUUUUCCUGCACUCCCUCUCCCUCAUUGUGGUUUUUGCAUGAUUUAUCGCCCUGUCACUGGGGAAAGCACCCUUUUAUAGAAAUGGCACAGAGAGUAUUCUACAGAUUUAUACCUACAGUGUUGUUCUAAGGAUCUGUUCCUUGGUGAGAUGUUUGUGUCUUGGCAGGUUUGCUGAAUGAAAUGUGCAGCUCAAUCCGGCAUAUGUUUCCUCGAAAGUAAACCCCACAGAUUUCCAUAGGACUUGCCACAUAGAGACUGAGCUAAGAAUCAGGAAAUUUCUCCCAGUUCAAAUCUUGUCCCUGCCAUGAACUCACUAGGGGAUAUUUGUUUUCUCUCAGCCUCAGUUCCAUGCUCCCUACAUCUGCAACCCUUACAGAGAUGUUGUGAGGAUUACAGCUAGAUAUAGUAGUACUACAGACUACAGAUUACAGCUACAGUGCAUGUGAAGAGAGCUUGAAGACUGGAAUGUAUUAUACAGAUGUUAAACCUUUUUAUUGGGUGUGCAUAGGAAUGUAGGCUUCGUUUCUUUCGGAAAUGAACCAGGGAGGGACGCUUGCAAGAAAGUUCUCUGAUUAUAUCGUAGAGGAGGUAAAAAGAAAAGCUUUUUAUUAGUGAGCCUGUAAGAGACCUGGUGGACUGGUUAGUAUAGGCCGACAGUAGAUGAUAAGGAAGCUUUCCCCCCAGUGGCAAAACGUGAGAACAGGGAUGGGGAGCCUGUGGUCCUCUUAGGUUUUGAGCUAUAUUCAUUACCCCUUGCCAUUGUCCAUGCUGGCUAGGACUGAUGGGAGUUGGAGUCCCACAGCAUCUGGAGGGGCCACAUGUUUCCUGUCCCUGAAUUAAAGCUAUAUAGUUAGCAUCAUAUUUUGUGUCUUUUGAGUUCUGCACCGUUUUGCCCAAGUAAUACUUUUUUCAGCUUUGCAAAUGCAUUGCCAGCCUACAGAAAUGUGAUAGUCCACCCACCCCAUGCCUCUGUCACAAGACAAGCAAGCAGUAGGUUUGAUAACAUGCAUGCUUGGAAGGAAUUGUAGCUUCCAGUGACUCAGUACGCAGCUGAUUUUUAUGUUCCACCUCUAAUUAUUCUAUGAACAGCUUCUACCAGGUCGGAAACACUUGAAGCUGAGAGGUCAGGAGGAGGGUUUGCAGGAUCAUCCCAUGCCCCUUCCCUGAAAUUUCAGCUUUCGUUAAAGGUAAAAAUAAGUUUCUGCUCCUCUUACUUGUUGAGAUUAAUGAAAAAUGUGGAGGCCACAUUCUUCCCAAUGACACAGUAAGAAGCUGCCUUGCAUUAUUUCUAUGCUAAGGAGUGCAAGGCAUAAGGAUAACUGUCAGGCUAUAGACUAAACUUAAUGUUUAAUAUUUAUAAAGUUAAAAUGCAUUUUGUUAAUGCUUUAUAUAGUUGCAUAACUUUUUCAUCUAUUUUGCUACUGGUAUUUGGGCUCUGGGUCUUCUGCACUGAUCCGCUCUCCUCCAGACAUGCCCCUCCAGGCCCCCGCAUGGCAGAAUGGUCUAGCUCUCUGUCUGGGAAGAUUGCUCAAAGCCAUGUCUCUCACACUCUGCCCACAAAGCCCAAGGAAUAGCAGCAGAAAUAGCACAAUUUAAAAAAUGAGACUCAGAUAGCAGUUGAGCAAGGUUUAAUGGUAUGUUUGUUCAGCAAGAUGCCCAGCGUGAUGGCUCAGUUCCUUUCCGAACAGGGUCACUUUUCUAAACAGGAUAUAAUUUCCACUAAACUAAAUACAGUUCUUCUUUCUUCUUCUUCUAAAUUUACAUUAUAUUAUUUGUGCAAGGGUACAGUCCCCUGCUAUUGGCCACUGAGAUGUCCAAGUGCUUUUAUGUCAGGAGAGUGAAAGGCUCAAGAAGAUUACGGAGUGGGGGAGGACUAAUGGAAAUUACUUCGAAGAAAAUAAAUCUGGCGGUUGGUUUAUGCAGCCUCAGCCCUGCAGCCAGAAAAGAGUUGGAAGUGAUCAUCCCCUGCUGGCCUCUCAUCCUCAGAUGGACCACUAUGUUGUUUUUAAAUUUUAUUUUAAAUAAAAUUGUAGCUGCACUGGCCAAUUCCAUUGCAGUCCCCAACAGCUCCCCUUGCCAUUUCAGUGAAUCAGCACAACCUAUCUCAGAAGCAGUCCACCUAUUGGCUUGGAGUAAAUUCCUGUCCUACCUAUGGCAAUAUCCCAUGCGUUUUACGGCUUAGACCUAUUGCCGCCACCAUUCUUCCUACCUUAUUUACCACUUCCUUCAAGGCAGAUGGUACCUUCCCCUCCUCCAAUGAAGCAUUCUUCUUUGGCGAUCACUUGUAGCCGAGUAAGAUUGUCUUCCAUAAACACAGUUUUAACAGUUAGUCCAUAAGUGACUGUGGAGGCCAAUUCUGAACCCACACGUCCUUCCACAGUGGGGACACAGGUUUCCAGGUGGGAGUUGAUCACAGUGAGGGUUUGCCAACUGUGCCUUCCUCUUCUCCCUUUCAUCCUGAGUUCAAGCAUCUUAAUUGCCCUCUGAACCCACCCAGUCAAUCCCCUUCAGCAAGUUUAAAAGAAACCUAGAUGGACGGGGUCAAAAGGGAACAUGUGUGCUGUAGACCAACCUCCAUUGUACAUGCUCUUAACUAUGGCAUCGUGCUGCUUCUGGAUCUCGGUGAUUUUGUCCUCAAAGUUUCCUGGAAGUUUGUUAUAGCAGAUUGCUUAGGGUGUGGAUAACAGAAGUACACAACAGCAUUCCUGAUGCUUCAGAACCGCAUCUGCUUUCACUUUUCUAAGUGUUUUUAAUCAAAAGUCCUAGAAACUCUUCUGUUUUGCUUGCUUUUUAAAAAAAUUAUCGAGUCAUACAAAGCAAGGCAGAAUAUAGCUCAAUCAAGACACAUCAAAGAAGCAUUUCGGUUAAACAUGUUACAGACCUUGUAUGAGAAAUCGGGUUGGCAAAAACAGAACUCCACAGUGCCAUCUGGUGUCACUGUAUUAGAAUGCAUAAACAACACAUAUAAAGUCCUAUGGCAGAGUUAUACACAGGUGGCUUCCAGCCAGCCCACCUAAAACUUGUUUCAGUUGCCAUUAUGUAUCAUUUCUAUAGAACCUGCCAGCAUACGAACUGGAUUUCCCAUAUUCCAGUGAUACUGCUCUGAAACACUCCAGUUCUCUUGUGAGUCUGGCCAACUCUGUGCAUUUGUUUAUCUUCGGGUUUUGCUCGACUGAAUUCAUACAUAGUCUGUUGCUUCAGCAAAUAGUUUGUGAAGGUCAAUGGUCCAGAACAUGACAAAAUUGCUCUCUCCCCAUGGGAGCUGCCCGAUGAUGUUUCCUUGGAUGGGAGGCCCAAGCAGUGAUUGCAUAACAGACAGUUCUGCAUUGCAGCGGCUACAAAGCUUUAGCUCUCUACUGCGUCCAGGCCCCAUGCUGGAGGGUGGUUGUGAGUAAACAUGGAGAUGGAAAUUGCAUGGCUUAUGGAAAUUAUAGGCUACAUGAACUAAGACUGGGGGGAGUGGAGAAGCCCAGGAGGUCUUUGAAACAGCCUGUGUGGUAACUCUUGUUGACAGCAGGAAUUGCAGUCUAGCGAUACUCUCCUUAGUAGAACUGCCCUGUGGUUUGACAGGUUUUCCUCUUCUGUGUUGCACACGAAUCUCACAAGGGUGGGAUAGCAGGAUAGGAUUCAGUUAACUAGUCUCGUUAUCAGAUGCCCACACAAGGACCUCUACUAUUGCAAUGGGGCUCCCUCCCCCUUUCCUGGCUCAGGAGGGGAAACCCCCAGGGAAACUCCCCAGGCCAGCAUGCCACGUGGCGGAGAAGGGGGUUGUUUGAUCUGCCAAGCUGAAAAGCACACACUAACAGAGGGAUUGCCAUAGUGCUACCUUGAAUUCCUUCCUCAGGCUAGAACUGGGGAGACCAGGUUCAAGUCUCUACUUUGCCAUGUUGUUUACUGAUUAACCUUUUCUCAGUCUCUAUCUCUCAGCCUAAAGAGGAUAAAAUGGAAAUGGGGGAAGAUUGAGCGAUUUUCUAGCACUCUGGGUCUUCAGCUUCCAUCGGCCCCUGACAUUUGGCUAUGCUGCCUCCUGCCCCCCAGAAAUAGAUUUUAUUAAAGCUUGGGGGGGGAAUGAUAUGCGAAAGUUAAUAUCAAAGGCUCAGUAUCUUUUUAUAAUACCAAAGAUAAACUUAUCUAAACAAAAACACAAGCCAAAAAAGGGAAAGAAAGAAGAAAAAGAGAGGAAGGGGAAAGGGAAAAGAGGAAAGGGAGAAAAAAGGAGAACUUCCAAUUCUUCAUCUGUCAGCUAUAUAUAUAUAAAUAUCCAAAACAUUCACUCUGCAGUAACAGCCAUGCUGGCAUGAGUUGAUGAGAGUUGUGAGUUCAGCAUCUGGAGAGCUACAGAUUCUGCAGCCCUGAUUGAUGCCAUCCUGAAUUCCUAAUGGGAUAACAAAUAAAUAAACGAGCCCUGCUCACUGUGCAUCUUAUUUCACCUCAUUAAUAGUCAGUCCUAGCUAACCUGUAUCUCUCUAAAUUAUGGGUAUCUUCUAGUUUUGGUACAAAUGCACAUCCGAGGAUAAUAUUAUUCCUGGUGAGUGACCAAGGAUUUUUGUUGUUGUUGUUUAAAGCAGGGCUGUUUAGAAGCUUCCGGCUGUCCUAUUGCAUCCUUCCUAGCUAGGGCUGCUCUCUUCCCAUUCAUUUUCCUGGAGGCUUCUCCAUUAGGGCAAUUAAUUUGCCUUUUGUCUGGGGAACAUCAAGCUGUCCAGUAAAACUUCCAUAACCACAAAUGGCCCCGCAUCUCAAAGCACUUAAGUGAAUUAAUAUUUUUUUACGAUGCAUUGGGGCGUGUCAUGAGAAGCACUACACCACAGAUAGAAGUGGAACUCUGCUGUGAUAUACUGCCCAGCUGCCUGGCCGAAUCCUGCCUGCCUGCAAUGGAGUACCCCCACAUGCAGCCCACCCUGGUGCACCCACACAAGCAGAAUCAGAGCAAAGUAAAGGGGCUGCAUCCAGCGAGCUGAGCCUGAAAUCGCAUGAGUCAUUAAAAAGGGGGCCAUAGAGGAAUGUGUGCUGGGCAGUUGCACAGGGGCUCGUGGGAUCUAUUUAGUAUGCCAUUAGGACAAGCCUAUUUAAAUGAUUCCCAUCUGUUGAGCGGAAGGUUAGCCAAAGCGACUCAGGGCGAGUCCUUGGAUCAGCAAUGGGGGGGCGGGGGCGGGGGGAGCCAUAGGAUGUUUAGAUUGCCGGCUGGCCAUUCAUCAUUUGUUAGCAUAACGAGUCUUUAUUAAUGAUGUUUCUCAGUCAUCGUGCAAGUUCAGCUAUCCCAGCACUUAGCAGAAUUAAAGAUUGAUUCUUUUUUUGUUUCUGCUUUGUUAUUGCUAAAUCAUAAAAAUCUAGUCUAUAAAUUAUUGUUGCCCUUUGCUUGUUCCAUCACCCCAUCAUUUUUUCCUCUCUUUUUCUUUUGGGGACGGAGAGAAGGAAUGAAGAAGUGCUCCUUUAUUGCGGCUGGCACGUUUUUCCAGGACAAACGCAAGUCAGCUGCACGGUGCCGACUUGUAGAAUUUCACAUUCCAGUUCCGGGGAAAGAGGAAGGGGGAAAAGAUUACUCAGGCCGGGCAUGUGGAUUGUUGAUGUAUUGCGACUGGUUGAUUAGCGGUUUUCUUUCUUUCUUCUUUCUUUUCCUUUCUUUUCUUCCCCCCUCACCCCUGCUAUGACAGGAGCUGAAUUCUAAGCUGCAGUCGCUUGGCAAGGUGGAAUCUGCAAGCUUGUUGACACUGACCACCCAGCUUGUGGAGGAAAAGCAGCCAGCAUUUGAAGUGGAAGACAUUGCAAAACACAAGGAGAAGCUGAAGGAGUGGGAGCAGGAGCGGACGCUGCUGACUGAAAGGGAGAGAGAGUUGAGGGAAAAGGCCAGGCAGGAGCUGGAAGCCCAGAAUGCAGCAAAAGCAUCUCUUUAACGCAGAAGAUUGACGUGUGAUGUGGCCUUGACUGUAUGCAGAUGAAACCUUUCCAGAUCCAUCUUGCAGCAAAAGUGCUUCUUCCCCACCCCCUUAAAAACCACUGUAAUUAUAAUUGUUUCUCUGAAGCCCUCAGUUUUGCCUCUUAUGUGUUAUGUCUACCUGUCGUCUAAUAAAGUGAUUCAUUUCUAAAACAGGCUGGGUGAGACAGUACAUUCCAAGUGCUCUGGCCACAGUCAGUAUUGCUGUUUAAAAAAAGGAUACCAACAGGAGUUCAAAAUGUUGUCUGUUUGCUUUGUUCAAGGGAUCACAAGCAGUCACCAGGUGAGUUAAGAUCUGGAGUCUUCUUUGGAGGCAGCACACAUAAAACCGCCUUGUAUCACACCAUCUCAGACGGAUUGCAGCACCCCAGG